AUGAGAGGAAAAUACUUUCUCUUCGGCUUCUUGUUGCUCAAACUUAUGGCUCUUGUCUGCAAGGCUGACGGGGAGCCGGGGCUGCUCGGAGGGUUUGUGAUGAUCGCCACCUCCAACGGCUCAAAGGAGGAGGAAAGCGUGUCGGAAGAGACCCCGCACACUGAAGACAAAUGUCGGGGUUACUACGACGUGAUGGGCCAGUGGGAUCCGCCGUUCAUCUGCAAAACGGGGAAUUAUCUUUACUGCUGCGGCACCUGUGGCUUCCGCUUCUGCUGCUCCUACAAACACUCGCGGCUGGACCAAAGCACCUGCAAGAAUUAUGACACUCCGAUGUGGAUGAAGACAGGACAGACUCCCUAUAAGAAGAUGAACAAGAUGCACGACAGCACCAAAGACAAAACGAACUUAAUUGUUUACAUCAUAUGUGGAGUAGUGGCCAUCAUGGCUCUUGUGGGGAUUUUCACCAAACUGGGGCUGGAAAAGGCGCACCGGCCCCAGAGAGAGAACAUGUCCAGGUAGGUCUCUCUCUCUCUCUCUCUCUCUCUCUCUCUCUCUCUCUCUCUCUCUCUCUCUCUCUCUCUCUCUCUCUCUCUCUCUCUCUCUCUCUCUCUCUCUCUCUCUCUCUCUCUUUGCCUCCCUGCUCCUCUCCUCUCCUCUCAGUGCGCUUGUUUACAAAGAGACUUGCAGUAGUAGCCUACGCAUACAGUGAUCUGGAGCGCGCAGUGUGUGGCUCUUCCCUUCAUCUGCCCCCGAGCAAACCAGAAAUGUCUGAGUUUAACAAACUGCUGCGCACCAUCAUCAAGUGUAUAACGUGCUUUAAAGCAUUUGUCAUAUUACACUUCGCAUACUGUCUGCUGUUUCUUGGCAACGGAUUCAAAUUAUGUCAUCGACCAUAAAAAAAGUGCAUGCAUACUGUCUGCGCUCCAGUCCACCUUUCCAUUGAGGUGUAUCACAACAUAACGUGCACGUCUCUUUGUUAUGGGGGGCGGUUUCUCUCAAUACAGUAGGCGGCAUUGCGCGCCAUGCAUUGUGCUCCACUGUGCAUGAGUGUGAGAGCAGCUCGCUUGAAGAGCUUUCAUACACCUUCAUUGUGUAAUAAAACAAAGUGUUCGAGCACUGAUGGCAGCAAAACAAGGGAAAACCGAAAACAAACAUUUCUCAUUCUGAAGGAAAAUCACAUUUUCUUCCACUUUGCUGCACCUCACAGUGUACCUCUCAGUUUCAUUGAGGGAUGCUGUUGAGCAGUGCAGCCCAACUGAAUAAUUAAAUUAACCAUGUUAUGCACAGUUCCUCUUGUCUGCUCCUCUAAUCCUUCACCGCCCCUCUGUCUCUUUCUUCAUUUCUUUUUGUCCGACAGGGCCGUAGCCAGCGUGCUGCAGGGUGGGUGUCCAGGUGAGCAGUUUCGGGGGGAGGAGGCCCUUGGGAUGCAUUCGCAGCACUUUGUCUCCAGAGCCACAAACCUCCGUGAGUUUUUAUCUUUUCUGUCCAGCUCAUUAUGAGCAGUAGUGAGCUGUGUGUGUAACUUUUGGAAGCACUCGGCAGUGUGGGUGUGGCUUGUGUCAGCAAAAAAUGCUUAUUUGCAACGCUUGAUUGUGUCCACGCUGGUGUCAGAGGCCCCUUUUGGAGUCAUUUGGAAUGAUGUAAUGAUGGGAAAGUCGCUCGUCUCAGCUGGACUCUGUUUCCAGCCAAACUCCUCUCUAGUUUACAGUUUGUAAAUCUCAGAGAUUCAGCAGAAGCAGACAGGGAUUGCACAAAGCCCAGCAGGCUUUCUCCAGUUUUGUUUCAAAUGACAGCAUUGUUUUUUUGUUCCCUCACACACUGGCCAGAUAUCCUUCCAUUUCAUAACAUGCUGGAAAGAGAAGAUCUGCCUGCCUUUUAGCUGCAGCUUUUCAAAUCCAACCGUUAUUCACCAUUUUAUUUUAGUUCAUGCCCACAUGAUAUAAUGAGAGAGAGAGAGAGAGAGAGAGAAGAGAAAAAAAGGGUGGUGGGAGCGUGUGUGAGUCGGUGAGGAAGCCGUGGUAGUGGUGGUGAUGGUGUGUUGGUGUAAGAGGGGGGAUUCGCGGGGUAUGAAGGGUGGUGGUGAUAGAAUACAGAGAGUAUGAAUGCCAUCUAUUUCUGUAGUGACCCGUGGGCUGCUACAGUAGCGGGCUUUUUUGUGUUUUCACACCAAAGAUCAAACAGAUGAAGGCACACUGAAACACUCAUGCACACACUCCAAUAUGUACAGACCAGAGCUUUAGGUCCACACAUAGACUGUUUCUGUGAACACAUGGAAACAGACAGUACACAGAUUUCCAUCCGCUCAAAGUAGAACAAAAGCAAAAAGCACAUCAAAGAUAAAUAUCACAUAAAAGACAUGCUUUUUCCAAUGAAACCCACGUCUCUUCCCAUUUUAUGUUUUGCUAUGAAGCUUCACACAAAUACCCCCUUGUUCAAUUGUAUCUGACUGCAGUUGAAAAUCUCUGAAACAACCCAUCUUGCAAUCCGUGACUGUAUUUCAUACUUUUGAUGCAGACAAAAGCGGAGAAAAAAAAUCAAUUUUACCAACUUAUUCACAAUCUGGUGUUUGGUUUUUGAGUCCUAGUCUAAGAAAAAAUUGGACAAUUUUGCUCGAGGGUUGAAAUUAUUUUGCAAUUUUUCAAUGCAAAUGAAGUGGCAUUGAGAAUUUUGUUCACACUGGCAGCUCGCUCUGGCUUGCAGAGAAAGAAGAACGAUCAAUAGCGUCAACAAAUCUCCAAGUUUUGCAUUGCAAGGCCUAGAUUAUAUUUGGAAUGAGUGCACAAGGUUCACAGUUGAGUUUAAACCAUCAGCAGUGAGCUGGCAAGAAAUUUUGGAAUAAAACACAGAGAAAGGCAGGAAGUGUACAUGUAAGGAAAGUAGUGGUAGUGUGGUGGGGUAUUGAGUAACUACUUCUAUUUGCGAGAAUGAGAUAAGUAUGUAAUCCUACAACUCCCCUGGCUAACGACAAGGUGACAUAACCCUACUCAGCAUGAAGCACGACGCCCACAGACACCAUCAACAUCAUGUUGAGAGCACAUCUCAUGGAAAGGGGACAGAAAGGUUACAUUCAUUAAAAUGGUUUGCUUUGACAUGGGAGGGGAAAGAAAGGAGGGGUGGGGGGCUCAGUUUUAAAAAAAAGAGCUUCCAUUACAUUGUGGAAAGAGAUAAUUGACACUUUCAGCAGGUGAUGCUGUCCGCUCCACUUCUUUUUUUUCCUUUCUCGUGGUUCGAGCGAUGAGAUGGUGAAGUGGCCUAUAACCUGAGUGGUCACUGUGAAAUAGCAUUUAUUAUUUGCAAUGUGUAACCUGUUCCCCUGAACCUCCUAAUCCCUCUGGCUUGUGGGUGAUGAUGUGUGGUGUUAUUAACCUCUGUGAUCUGGCGGGAUCCUCACCAACAGCCACCUGAUUACAGGUCCCCCCCGCCGGUGAGGGAGACAAUUCAUUGCAGAGUAACAAAGAAGGAAAGGAGAGGAGACAAAUCAGAUAUAGGACUGUGUGAUAUGGAUGCGGUAUUCUUGUUUUAUGCAAAGAUUUAUCGGCUGAAGAGGGGGAUUUCUCACGCCACACACACGAAGAAUAGACAAGGAGGGAGUGAAGACAAACGAGGAGGACAGAAAUUGCAAUGUAGAGAUAAGUGCCAGGGUUAAAAGGGCUAAUACACAAUGGGACAUGCUUGGAUUUGUUGACGUAAAGAGCAGAAACAUAGUGGAAAAUCUAUUUUUAGUGCAAACCACAUAUUGAUUAUAGCUUAUGGCAAGAUUGCCCAAUUGCUGGCAUCAGUGAAUCUUGUCUGGCAGGUCUAAUGGGAGGAGAAAAUUCCUUUGGGUUUUGUGUGAUUGUCAGUCACCAUCAGAAAAAAAUUACAAAUGACCACAAGCAGUUAUUCAGUCUCUUAGCGUCGAAUUUGUAUGAAAAUGUAAGGUUAACUUCUAUCCCCAAAACGUGCUUCUCAGUCGCUAUCACAUGCACCACACAGGUUAGAAACACGGUAUUAAUUAAUGAAACAAAAGCCUGAAGUUGGUGUUUGUUAUGUUUUGGGUCUUUGUGCAAAUGCAGCCGGGCCCCCAGCAACCUCCAUCUUAUUAAAAAUGGACGCCUCAGUUGCUUUGUGAUCCGGAAACCAGCCGGCCCACCGAUCCCCAGGUGGGCCGCCAGGCAGACUUUCAUGUCAUCUCCAAACCCGGAGACUUUGUUUGAAUCCUUAAAAGGCAGAAAAUCCCGUGUCGCCUUACUCUCAGCUUCAAAGAGCUGAAGAGACAAAGAAAGGAGGGAUGGAGGGAGACGGAAGAACCGAGGAAGGAGAGGAAACGGUACAAGAUCUGAGUGGCAGCAGCCAGACUGAAGCAGCACUUAAAACGGGGCGUAGCGCUGUAUUAAAUAUAUCAAUCUAUCUAAUAAUGUUUAUAGACCCAAGUUUUAGCAGAACUUACAUAAUCUUUACUUUUAGCCUUUUUCACAUGUGGACUGGUGUCUUGGUCCUCUUAGUGGUAAGUCACAGGAUGCAAGUGAACAUUUAUUUGUCUUUACUGACAGCAUUUGCGCAACAAUAAAAACAGUGUAUACCGUCCUUUUCUCUACUAUCUUUCAUAGGGUUGUUAGCUAUGACUGUGAUGACACUAAAGUUAUAUAACCUCAGCUGGUGGUUAGGCUGUUAUAAAGUACUGGUGAUAUACCUCUGAGGGGUCUGGCACCACAGUUUAGAGACCACUGCAUGCCAUUGGUCUCAAAGUGGUGAACCAUUGGCCACGGCUAAUGCUACAGAAUGACCAUUGCCAUUGUUUAUGGACAGGGGUUGCCCUCUAUGAAGGGGUUCUUGGCUUGGGUUCUUUUUAUUUGUAUGUGUGCAUAAACACAAGCCUUGAAAUGAAAACCAAAAAAACUUCAGAAACUUAAAAUCUGGUCUGAUGCUCACAGAUUCUGAAAUUCUAUGUUGAAUUGGCAAAAGAGAUUAAAAGAGGCCUGGACAUUCAAUCCUACGGAAGAUGAGAACGGCCACGGAUUUUUCUUUUUUUUUUUUUUAACGGACUGUUAUCUCGUGAUAAGAACUUAUUCUCUUGAUGUAACAAAGUUUGUUUUCUCGUGAUGACAUGUAAUUUGUUAUCUCGACAUAACAAAGAUUGCUUCCUCGUGAUAACGGUAAUGGUGUCUAAGCCGACCUAAAACGGUGAAGCUCUGAAGCCAUGUUCCUGUUUGGAUUUCCAGGGAAAGUGUCACACAUCAUGAGCUGUUGCUACUUAAUUUUGGGUGACUUUCCAUGCAGUGUUUGGCUCUGAAAACCACAAAUCUUGAAGUUUCUUAAGUCUAACCGACAAGCAGCAGCAACUAAUCUCAUUGUCACUAUACUUACUGUAUAAUCUAAUGAGGACGUAAGUCAUGAAUUGAAUAGGAAAAUAGCAUUUAUCCCUGAGACUUAUUGCACUGAACGCUUCUCCCCGACAAAUAUUCUGCUUCUUAAUUCUCUAAUUGUCAUUUUGGGUAUCACACUGUGGAGCUUUAGGUGGGCAGCACUAUUAGUUUUAUUAAGACAAAAGCACACAGUAAAGUACACACUUAUAUACACACAUACUCAGUGCUCUGUGUUCGCAACUCAAUUCACCAUUUGCAGGCUUAAUUACCUCCCCAGCAGUUAUAAUCUUUUCCUAAACAUCCAGAGAUGGGAAGGAUGAAAUUUUAAUAGGUAAUUGCUUCAAAGAUUGCACAGGCACAAGAAAGACUCUGUCUGCAAAACACUGCUACCCCGCCUUGUGACUGUGUGCAUGUGUGUACGUGAAGAUGUGCAUACGUGUGUCUAUGUGCAUGCAGGCCUGUCAAAAGAAGCUACGCAUAUCCUUCGUUAGAAGUAGGUGACUGUGUGACCUUGUCUUCUCAGCUGUCAUCCGAGCCUUCAGUGUGUCACAUCUGAUUGCAGAGUGUCAGAGCGGAAAGUGGAGCUCCAGCGAGUGAACCUACACACCGCCGCGCAGGCCAUAGAAACAAGCAAAGAGACGCUGUGAAAGAGAAAAUGACAGAGCUGGAGGUAGUUAUCUGUGAGGCGUCACUCCAGCUCCUGCUCCGUUUGAAGCUCAGCUUCUGUCCUCGUGUUCAAACAGGCGGGAAAAGCAGGUGAAGUUGCGAUGUCAUCCCUGAGUUUGUCUUUCAGGCUCCCAGCUCCAAUGUGUGACAGUCAGGCUUCUGCUACAUAUGUACACAGGCAGGUUUUGUGAGGAAAAUGUUGAUUUUGUUUCUGUUUUUUUGUAGCAGAUUUUUCCAUCCUGCAUACUUAAAAAGUCAAGCAGACACUCAAGUUGAAACUGCUUUCAUACCUGCACUCAAAGGUAGCAGUUGACAUUUGAGGGAAAUAUUUGCACUGUUUUAAAUCAGAGUCAUUGCUUUUUAGACUAACAUAGUCAGUAGUUUGCUUAAAAAAGUAAGAAAAAAAAAAAACUUGUCUGAAAUGUUCUUGAAGGACUGCAGGCAUAUGAAUCUCAUUAUGCUUAAUCUUGUAAUCACUUAGUUGAUUAUCAAUUUAGACACUUGACAGUCAGGACAAAUAUGAGAUAGUCUUGUUCCACACAAUGAAAACACAGGGUUUUCCCUGCAUAUACAUAAAUAAAUAGUCAUCCUGCAGCAUAGGAACCCUCAGAAUAAGUAGGAAGAAAAGCUUCUGUGUUGUUUUUGUAACCCACCUCUUGGGAAAACAGCUUUGCGAGGGUUUGACUUUGUUCCUGUGGUGACAUAACAACAGGACUGAUUUGCAGAGGCAUACUCCACUUUUUGAAGAAUUUAGCAUCGUCAUAUGAUUUUGUGUUUUGCUUUGGUGUGAUAGAGUCAAAAUGCCAGAGGUUAGAACCACAAAUUAUUUGUUUUUUUUUUGUGUAAAAAAUCAUAGACUUUCUAAUAACUGGCUGUUGCGUUGGUGGCAUUACCCAUUUGUUUCGACGCCUAUUAGCAGUCAUCGCCAUACGCUGAAUAAACGCAGCUUUCUGGUUUGUGAUGUUUUAGGCAAAUUAAUCCACAUGCUUGCUUCAAAGAUGACUAGAACAUAUUGUAAACAGCUUAAAAUAUGACGAUAAGGAUUAUUAGUAUCUUCUGAAUAGACAUAAACCAACAGUUGUAAACAUAUUGGGUAUGAUCAAAGUUACAACUGAAUCACAAAGGAUAGAAUUUGAACACAUAUUCUAUGAGUCCAAACUGUUUAUACUUUAGCACAAAUGAGCUAAAUUUAGCUGCAAAUAACAAACUUUUGUGUGCUUUCAGGCAAAAUUUAUGUCUCCUGGCUGUUAGACGUGCACAUCUGUUUCCUCAUAACACCUUGCAUUAAUGGUUAGCUUUACUGUUUGACUACCGCAGCAAUCCAAAUAAUAACAAUGUUGGUGCAGCAGAAGUUCUUACACUGCUCUUAUCUGAGUAAAAAAGCUUGAGGCAUAAAUCUGGCCAAAGUAAGUCAGGCUCAGAUCCUAAGAAAGUGCAAAAGUCUCUCCUCCUCUUCCUCUCAAGAGCCCCAUUCCUGCACCCUCUCUUCGCCUUAUUAUCUUAAUGUAAGGCCCCUCAGCAGCCCAGGGACACCAUUAGACUCCUGUUUAUUUGAGCUCUGAGGCUGCGCAGCCUUCAAGCAUCGACCGUCGGCAGACAUCCACUCAGUUUGGGCUCAGAGGGAGACCAACCAGGGAUGUGACACAAAACCUGGGAGAAAGGAAACAAAAAAGAUUGAAGGAAGUGUAAAAGACUCUAAAAUAGAGUCUGAUUUUCUGCGUAGGAAGCAGGUGACCCUGAGCUGUGUCAUACUCCUGUUUCUGAGCAUUAGCUUCUUAAUUAGGGCUAAAAUAAAUUAAAACAAACACAAACUUUCUCUGGAUAUUUUACGAAAUCAAAUGGUUUUCUGAUUGUCAGCGGUUGAGUGGUAAUCCAUGGCGCCUAUCCUUUGCUGCCCUCAAUAUCUUCGUCACCCGGUGUGUAAUUUCCCAUCUUGUCAUUGUGGUGUUGUAAUGAAAGAAGCGAUGGGGACAGUGAAUAUCUUUACUUCUAAUCAGGCGACUCCCCCAACCCCCCUGACGAAUAUUAAUCAGUUCAUUUACUCCCAGGAAGUCACAUCUUACAUUUGACAGGUAAUUAUGUCCGCUGCUACGUGUGUGCGGUUGUGCAUGUGUCCAUCUGCGUGCACAUUAUAUAUGCCUGUGUGUGUAUGUCAGGUAUAUGACCUGUGCUAUGCUUCCGUCAAACCUGAGAGCAAUGAGCAAUAUAACAUCCACCCAUCCAUCCUCAUCUGUUUCAGUCUCAUUUGACUAUCAGUAAUGACACAGCACUGGCAGCCAGUCAUGGGAUAAGCAGACAGACUUCCCAUCUGUAUGUUUGAACAGGUGGUUAUCACCACUGGUUUCUAAUUAACUGCUACACUGAUGCUCCUUAAUCGACUAUUGAAAUUAAUGAGUCAAGCCCUCUGCAAAUAUUGGGAUUAUUUUCUGUCAUAUGAAUUUAUUAAAAAAAAUGUAAUCAUUAAAGUAGAUAAAUGUUAACACACUUUUGAUGUCAAGGGUUUAGUUUGCAGUUUGGGCUGUGUUUGUUGAGAGAAGCACUUGGCUUACUGCAUGAAUUCUCUCACUUGUCUCAAUUGAGAAGCUAUUGAGAAAUCAACCAUGUUCCUUUCACCAAUUAUAUUCUCACUGUCUGUUAGACAUACAGUGAAGCGAGCUGAUUCCCAUAGUGGAAUUAAAAGUCUGUUCAGGCGCCCCAACACAACUGUGUUAUGCUGUGUGAAAUCCUCUGUAAUCUGCAGCUAUUCACGCAGUUUCCCCUUUAUACGGUCUCUAGUAGGAAAAUAAAGCUCUAAUCCUCUGUAUAACCACCCAUACUCUGUCAACUUCCCAACAGUGUUCCAGCAUUAUAUUAUCAUGACAGUAUUCACGAGGAAGAUCCGCUGCCAUGGAGUAGGCAGGAUUUUCAACCAGAAGGACACAAAAAUAUGAGAAAUGACAUAAGAAUUAUGAAUAUUGUUCCAAAUAUCUGGAUCGACAUAUUAAGAUUCUCAUAUUCUCAUGUCUAGAGAAGUCUUGCUGGUUUAAAGUGGCUGAAAAAUAAAAUAUAGAUCAUAAGACAUGACACUUUAUCAAUUUUCCUAGGAAUGGUAGUUAAAGAGAAAGCUAGAGAGAGAUGAUAAGCUGUUAAACAUGAUGGAUGCACAUGCUAGAAUUAGAUUUUUAAUGAUUAAAUGUAAAAAAAUGACAAUAAAAUUUUAUUAAAGCUGAUGGAUACAUAGUUAGUUCAAGGCAACAGUUCAAGAACUGAACCAGUUGGCUGAAAAUGAUGGAGACAGUAGAUAAUAAAUAAUGCUUUGUUGCUUUUUCCAUGUAAAAACACUCCACACGUAAACCUUUGAAACAGGAUGUGUUGAAGAAAGUACAUCUUAACUUUGUCAAGGAAGAACAGCACUUUGCGUACACCACAAUGUUAAAGAAGCUAAGUUUUGUGUUAGCAGUCUCUCUCUCUCUCUCUCUGUAUUUUGAAAGUCUUGGCUUUGAAAGAGAACAGUCUGUUUUGGAUGAACCAGCCAAAGAAACAGACCACUUCGUAUGUCCCUAAGGUGCUAAGGCUCUUUUUUUCCUUUCACUUCCUUAUGCACACACAUACAUAUGGGCACCAAAAGACACCCACACAAGCGCUGAGGUCCAGAUACACACACAUUUAGUCUCAGGCCUGUUUUUUAGUCAGCCUGAGGGCAGGCAGCAGAUUUACUUGGCUCCAUGAUGGAUGCCACCAGCGACGUAAAGUCACAAACAGCUCAUGCUGGUGGCACAUUUAUGAAACAUACCCAUUCCCAUGUGUCAUCCAUGUAACCCCCUGUCACACAUGCACCCAUCCCAAGACUUUGGAUGCUGUUAUGGUAAGACAUGCGACCACUUUGGCCUGCAGGCACCAGUAUGGCCUGGCUCUCUCCCCACCCUGCCCCAAGGAGGGAAGAGGGAUACACUGGCAGGCUUCCCACCGUUCAGCCAUCCUCAUACUUACAUAUGGGCACACACAAACACUAUAGCACACAAACUCAUAGAUAGCCUCACAGCCCCCGCCCUCACCAUCCCCCAUCCUGCUGGGCGCUGGCCCAUGGAUAGGGGACAUGUGGCAGGGAGAAAUGCGUCACGAAGCUGGGCUUUCGCUCCGACAGAUCUUGUGCCUGACUGCCUGCCUGCAAAAUUACCAGCCUGGAACGACACACAAAAAUAGAGAAGGAGUUUUGUUUUCUGCCCUUCUGAUUGCAGCAAUCACCCUACUCUCAGCUCCCCUCAGCUCCUGGCAACUGUUGUCUUUUUUCUUGGCGUUUCACAUUUUUGGUAACAGGAUCCGUUGUCCUGCUUUUAGUGGUGUCUCCUACUUUGUUUUCUUGAUGAGAUGUUAUCGUUUGCCCCAUAUCAAGAUGGAGGUGUUGUUGUCUAUUCAAACCAUCCUUUCAGGGAUGUUGAUACAUUUAUUUUCUUUUUUAUCUCCUACUUUUCUCCCUUUUCUUACUCCUUCAAUACAAACCUUCCCUCAACAGAUUUGAACCCAGGACCAUCUGAGUCAAAGCCCUCAGUAGCAGCUGUUUCACCACAGGCUUGCAUGGUUUUACCACAGACUGUAUAUACUAUGGAUAACUUGGUUCCGCCUUCCGCCAGUAUACUGAUUUGAAGCCAAAAAGCUCUCGGUAUUUCCGUUUUUUUUCUCCACUUCCUGAAACCAACAUCCCGUAGUAGCCUUGAACACACUCCACUACCUGUGCAGUAGGAUUGUACACAUUUGGCGGGAGAGUCACUGUGAUGACGCUUGGCUCAAACGGCGUAUCCCCUGGGUGACCUACACAAUCUUCGUACGCCCAUAGGCUGUAUCAAGUGUCAAUCAUAGAAAACAUGAACCCCCUUAUAACUUUUGAAAAUGGAGCUGUACAGAAAAAAGAGAACUUGAGCACAAACCAGUCUUACAAUAACUACAUGUCAACAUCACAAGCAGGGGAGAUAAAAAUGUAUAUUCUGUGUAAUAAGUUUCUAAAGUUUGUCCACAGCUCCAUAAGGAUUGCUGGAGGAGGUGGGAUUUAUGACCUUUACUGCAGCCUGUCACCAGAGGGUGCUGUUCUCUUGGUGGCUCCAGUGACGAGGCAGGUGGCGUCCAUUCUUUAUACAGUCUAUAGGAUUUACUUACUUUAUUCUGUCACUUAAUUCACUAUUUUAUUCUUUUUAAAAGCACAGAUUAGCCCUUUAUGAAGGGAAAGCACAAAAUAAAGAGCCAAUAUCCAUGUUGGGAUUUGAACCCAGGACCAUUUCAUUCAAAGGCAGCAGUACUUACAAUUACACUACAGCUCUGCCUGGCUGUCACUGCUUGGGUUUAUUCGGCUUGGACCAUACUUAAAGGAAAUGUUUCUUUUCAGCACCAUGUGAAAGCUCCUCUCUUGGGCAGGGAUUUCAACUGGAACCAUUUCACUGAAAGGAGGUGCCCUGGCCUGCUUGGCAGUGUAUUCCCUUUAAGACCUUCUCAUUUACUAUUUUAUGAUAGUAUUUUAAAAGCACAGCUUGAACUUCAGUGCAGGGGAAGCACCUUUUUAGGCACCACAUGGACAGCAACUAUGCAUGCUGUGUUUUGAACCUGCAGAUCCAACCAUUACACUGCAGCUCUGCCUGGCUGUGUGCGUGCAAUUUAAGGUGUUGGUAAAGAAUUUAAAAUACAAAGCUUAAACUUCAAUAUAGAGGAAGUAUCUCUGCCAGCAAUAGAAAACUAGUUCACCAUGAAGCCUCAAGACCAUCUGCUGCCAUGGGUUGCCAAAAUAAAUUUUUACUAGCCCAUCAUAAUUUUUGGCAAGCUGAAACCAGCUCUGUGGUGUGACAACCUUAUGAUUACAGUACGCCAAGAACAGACAGAAAAAUGAUCCUCAGUACUGCUGGAGACAGAUCUCCAUUAAUCACAACUCUCUGUGCAUCAAGGCACUAUGGCAUACAGGAGGUGCCCCUUUUUCUGCCCCUGCCCCUCAAAAACCAGAGUACACCACUGGUACUUAUAUACAAAAAAUAAAAAUAAAAAUGAAUAAAUAAAAAUUGGGUUUUAGCAAGCACUAGAUGUUGGUCUUAGAGUUUAGUCCCAGAAAUGCAGUCUUGAAUCGUCAGCCUCUGGGUCCGCAGACAAAUAUUGAAGACUUAAAACUUGAAGUCUAGACAUUUACCUUGAAAGAUCACGUUUUACUAGUCUUUUUUUUUUUUUUUUUUUUAACGGUGCUGCCUCUGCAAUCAAACAACAAGUGACCUUCCCUGAGGGAUUGAAACUAAACAUCCAUGGGUUUUAUUUUGUUUGUUUGCCGGUUUGUUUUCCUUCAGGAAAGGUCAAGUGUUGUCUUUAAUUCUUUUGCCCACAUGUUACUUAACUCUGAUGGACAAAGCCUCUCUCAGGCGGAGGCAGUCAGGGAGCACAAACUGACUGAAUACACAAGAUAACCAGUUAGACCUGCAACUAUUCUUGAUUCAAAAGCCCCAUUGUUAAAAACAACCCCUCUGGCAAUUCUUGUCUUUAGUUGGUAGCAAUAGUGAUUGAGAGACAAGAAAAUAAAAGGCAAAAAGGGGGAUGACAUGCACGAAAGAGCAUAGGGGCUGAAAUGAACCCAAAGUACUUUAAUCAGGACCCAAUCAUGUACAUGAGGACCAGCUUUUGAUGCUGAUCAUCUCAUAUGCCCACAAACAUUUUCUCAGAACAUAAUAUUUUCAACUUGUUUGUUUAAAUUGCAAAUGGGUGCUCUGGCUUUCUUGGACACUGACAAUGAAUUACAAAAGAGAAUACAAUUGUCAAAUUAAACCAAAAGACCAAAGACUCUUUGCAGCCUUUGCAUCGUUUAUUGGUUUCUGAUAUGCAUUUAAAAGCCAAGAGAAGGUGGCUGCCAUAUUGGAAAUGUGAACUCAAGCUUCUUUUAACUGAGAACUAGAUAAAUGAGUGGAGCUGUGGACAGCUUUUAGUCUCCUUCAAACAGUUUACAACAUUUGAAAUCCCCCUUCUCCUUAUCCCUAAAUAUGCAGAUUAACAUACAGCUUUAAGCUAACCAGAAUAGGAACAUGAUUAUCUCUGCCAAAGUUAGCCAACAGGGGGAAUUAAUGGAGAUUCAUAAUGCAAUUGUUCACACCUCCACAUUGGUUUAUUUUCUCUCAGUUAGAUGUUGCCACUUGUUGAAAACAUGAAGCCAAGUGACUGGAAUGGUGACUGGUAACUUCAUGGCAGUGACAUAAGACCAAUCUAAACCAUUCAUAAGCUCAGCUGACAACCUAUUAACCAACAGGUUUUUUUCCACUGAAACAUUUUUUUAGAACUAUGGCCAUGGUACAAUAGAAGUUCAUAAGUGGUAAAAAAAAGGACGUUUUAUUUGUUGACUUUCAUUCAACGUCUAUUUAAUGCCAAUAUUUAGACCAUAUUACACCUGAAUGUUAGGGGUCAUCACACACUUACAGGCAUAUUAACCAUGAUUUUUAAGCAGUUGGACUUAAGAGUCAGUAGGGUUGUUUCAACUCAUCAAUGGGUCUAUCUACUCAAGUUGUUGACACAUGAUUGGCCGAAAUCUUUAUUGAAAUUAUUCUUCCAACAGACUCUCAAAAGCAACUUUUCAAACUAGUAUGUAUCAUCUACAUUAGCCUGUAGUUCAUACAUCCUGUAUCCCAAUAAAUAGGCUCAUUUUAAUUUCCUCAAAACAUGCAAAUAGAACCGCAACAACACACAACUUCUCUGUAAUGCUAUUGCAACUAUCUAUCCACAGCUGCCCCCUGCCCCUCUGGUUGAAUACAUUGUCAUAGAUGUGUUCUCCCAGGAACAAAUAAGCUAAAACAAGUGUGCACAUUCAGCCAUGAUUUCAGUAUUUAGAUCAUUAAGACUGAGAUAAAACAACAUUUAAGUGAGUUAAGCUUCUGUGUUUAACAUUAAGCCAGAAGGACAUGCACAGUCGGGGGAAUUUGAUCUGAACUUUGGGUGGAAAGAUGUGGGGAUCACCCAAAGGCAGUUGCUAGUCAAUGUGUCAACUCUGUGCCAUCAAAAAGAUGAUUUAAUGGCGGUUUGUUGAUAUUUCAAGAAAAAAAUUGGUCUUUUAAAGGCUACCCAGGAAAGAAUGUGUCACUUUGCACAACAGGGAGAAAGCUUGAUUAAAUUUAGCUAAGAAUCUAAAGACAAACAUUGUUUUGUAGGUGGUAAUAUAGUUGAAAAGGUACACAAUAUAGCCAGAAAUGUGAUCCUGAAGAGUAGAAAUAGACAUUUUCUUUUUGAUUUGAAAUUGCUUGAAAAAGUCUGUGAGUGGAAAGUGAAUGUGAAACUACCUACAUUUAUCAAUAAUUCCCACUGAGGUGUAUUUGAGCUUGGUGAAAAAUAUCUAACACAUUCAGAAGGUGCAGGUUUGCUGGGAGGCUCAAAAGUCUGACUGGCUGUAAAAAUUCAGGCACAGGGUUAUUUGCACAUGUUAUUCAUGCUAAAACCCUUUUUUAAAACAAAGAACUGUGUGCAUCCGCAAUUUGCAAACACACUCACAAGUAAGUCUCUUCUCGUUCAAAGCUCUACUCUGUGGUUUGGCGGAACUGUAGGCUGGAUAUGAAAGUUCAUUUGUUACCCUGCUCUUUCAUCGGCCACCAUGCUUUGUAUGAUGCAUGUAUGCAAAUGCACCAUUUCGGUAUCGUCUCAUCAGAUCACAGGCGGCGUGGCAAUGUGUACCCGCACAAAGGGAACUAAUGAGCUUCAUAAUCCAGACAGACCUUGCCUUAUUGGAAAAUCAGAGAAUGCAUCAAUUUAAGUGGCUGCCCAGCAAUCUGUAAUGCACAGUACCUUUGAUGAUGCAUUCAACUUUUAUUUCAUUCAAUUAUUAUGCACAGAGUUCCUGCAUCCUGGUGUAAUGCUGAUUAGGACUGUCUACAAAGCUUAUUAUUAUAUACUGCACACUAUAUGUCUCUGCACAUAUGAUAACAACCCCGAAUCAUACAAGACAGACACUUUUCACGACAGAGAUUGAAAUUGCACCAGGUCCUGCAGUGAGCAGAGUAGUAGGAAUCCCAGAAAAUCAUAAGAGACAGACAUCUAGAGGGAGCGGUACCUUCAGAUGUCACUGUCAACCUCAACCAGCAGGCAGCGAUUGAAUCAGUCCCUCUCAGGAAUCCGGGGAAAUGGAAGCAGAGGGGAUCUGAAAGUGCCUUUUUUUACCCACUAUUCUGAUAUAUAAAGCUUCACGGAUGGUAGUAGUACAAGCCAAGUCUAAAAGAUGCAGACAGCAGGAGAAAGAAAGUGAGGGAACAGAAAUGAGAUGAGUGCAAGUGAAGGAUGAGAGAGAUGAGAAAAGAAAGAAUGGAGCCCGCAGAGAGGAGGUCGAGAGUGUUUGCAGAAAGAUGGAGUGAGGAAAUCUAUACCGAGACCAUCGAUCUUCCAGGCCCCCCUAUGAAAGUGGGAAACUGAGCAGAUAGGAUUCAGACAAAGCUCCCAGUUGGGCCUCGCCCUCAAGCACACAAUGGCAAAAUUCCACUGUUGGAACAAUGUGGCUUCUGAGCUUUGACAUUCAUUUAGUGCUGAAUUGGUCUUAAGCUCCUCUGAGUACGGAGUCCCCGUUUGUUGAAGUAUUGGCGACUCUGUUACAUGUCAAGUGUGAACAAACAGUAUUGAUGGGAAUGUGGCAGGUGCAUCAGUCUUGCAUAGUUCAGGUGGAAGAUGAGAGAAAUUGAUUUUGGUUUUUGCUGGUGGACAAUUAGAGGGGAAGUGUGGACUGAAAGACCCAGAGAGUGUGGAUAUUUUAUGAUUGUUGGACAGUGAAUGUACAAAAUAAUAUGUGCAAAGACAAUUUAUAAAAAGAAUGUCUUUCUGCUUGUUUUCAUGGCAUUUCUGGUUUAUUAGGAAUGGGUCAUAUUCACAAAACUUAAGACUUUCUUUACAACAAAAGUUUCAAAACAAACAAAAAGCAGAAAAACAAUCAAACACUGGAAGUAGCCAGUGUGUGAAAUGUGCAAAAAUAUAGCAAGUCCCAACUUUCUUAACCCUGAAACGUGAAUCUAGGGCUUAAAACCAACUUUACUAUAAUCCAUGCACAGUGGCAAUAAGGGUUCAGAACUUCAGCAGUUCAUAUUGUUCAUCUGCAGUCAAGACCUACUUAAGAUGAGGUCAGAAACUUGCAGAUCUGUUCAUAUUGCAGAUGCAGCCAGUUGAAACUAAUCUGAAGCAGUCAUGGUCCUGUCAUAAAUCUGAAAAGCUUGAGUCCACCAUCAGAAUAUCGAUUUCUUUAAACUGGUCAUGCAGUAACCAUUAUGAUACUGGUAAUGAUUCUAAUUUAGUGUAAAAAGCUUGCUUACUCAUCUGAACAAAUAAAGCUGAACACCUCUUCUGUUGCUCAAAAAUGCACAUUGUCUGCAGUGAACAAGUCCAUUGGGACCACAUGUGACUAAACGUUGACUUAGCAGACUUGACAUGACUUGUGUCCACACCGUUUUCCAUCCAAAUAGGCUCAUAAACUUUGUAUUAUUUGCUGCGCUCUUAAAAACUGAUAUCGAUAAAAAAGACUGGUACUCUUAUUCUCGUCUGGUUCCACUUCAGCCUGUUGUCCUGCAGACUUUUAAGUGGUAUUGUGAUAUAGUUUGAUUUCUGUGUUCACAUUAGUGAUUGAAAGUAUUUCUCAAGCUUUGACAUACACAUUAAAAGUCAAGAUGCAAAAAUACCAAGUGUCAAAACUUCACUGACUCUGUGCACACAUGUACACGAGUGUGUGUUUGUACAGUUUGUAGACUUUAAUUUGGCCCUCUCCAUGCAUGACCAGAAGUUCAAACAUGCCACUUGACUGCCUAUCUGCUCCCCACGUUAUUGCGGCAUUAUAUCGAAUUUCAUCGGGCUGCACCUGACUCAUUUCACCCUGCUGUAUGUUUGUAUUGAUUUUAAUCUGCACCCUCGAUACAUCCCAGCCAUCAGCCACUUCCCCUGCGCCCAUCUCACACUCUUUUCCCUCUUUCUCAUUAUCUCCUACUCUUUGAUUGUGUACAUUGCUCGACCAAGCUCUGUGUCACCCCAAGAUCAACAGUUAAAAGCUAUAAAUGAUGAAUAACUCAUACCAAGCAUCUCUGCCUGCACAACAGAUUAGAUUUAUGCAUGACUGCCUGCCACAGAACCACAAUUUCCAUUUCCAGGAACCUUGCUAAAUCCUCCAUCCGUCUAGAUACUUUUGUAACUGUGAAAUCGAGCCAUUUAUCUUAUUGGGUAGAGUCCAGUUUGUCUGCAUAAACACGUGGGCCACAUGAAGCAUUCAAUGUAGUUGAAGUAAUGAUUCCCAUUGGAAGGUUAAAAGCAGCAAAGUUACAACUUUUACAUAAUCAGUUUCUAAUAAGUUUGGCAGGGAUGACUUGGCUGACAUGUGGGCACGUUGUAGCUGUUGAUGAGGAGGCUAAAGGCUCACCAAAACUCUGCAUCUGUGCCUUAUGUUUGGUCUGCAAAAGUUGGGUCGGGUUAGCAUUUCCAAUAUGGCGAUCACCAUCGCUGGGACUAAGACUGUGCUUCAGAAACCAGUGGGCGACUUCACUGAAACUAUGUCCAUGUUUAAUACGGUCUAUUGGUUUAAAAGUUUAAGACAUGUUCCUGCUGCUUUGAUAUGCUGUGCUAGCUAGCAUUCCUGAUGUUGGAGGCAGCAGUAGUUCAUCAUAGUUCACUGAUGUGUGGACUCUCAAGGUGUGUUUUGAGUGGGUCUAGCAAAAUUAGUGAUAUACUCAAUCUUGUCGCUAUGUACAGACUAGAUAAAAAGACAGUUCAAAUACCAUCUUUGUUGAUAUGUAUUGCACAUCCUAAGAAUGAGGAUUCUGCCAUGCUACUGGGACUGUUGUUGUUUUUCAAAGUUAAUAUGUUCCACAUCACUUCUGGUCCUGAUUUAGAAACUUUCAACUUCUCUUUCCAGAGAAAACACAAUCUGAAUAUGACCCGUCAGAAGCAGCGAAUCUACUGCGAAAAGCUUUGUUUGUCUGCAGUAUUUGAAGUGUGUAUCUGUUUGCCAGAAACCGCUCCCUCUUUCACUUCAGUAUAAGCCAACGGAUAGAGAAAGAAUUACAGUCAUCAUCUGCAGAAGCACACAUGUUCAUGGUGAACACCAAAAACCCGCCAGACAUGUCAAUAUUAGAUCUGACAACGAAAAUUCAACACAUGCUGAGGCAUCCUUUGCUGGCUCAAACCCUCGUCUGCAGUAAUCCUAGAAUGACGCUUUAAUACCCUCUGGUGAAUUCUAAUUAAAUUUGCAGCACAUCUUAAAAUUUUAUACAGCACUAUUAGCUUGAAUAUCAAAAUACAGCCAUAAAACUGCAGCAUAAGCUUACUUUGUCUACUCUGGUCAGGAACACCUUUACCGUCCCACCAUUGGCUCACAACUGAAUUAUUUAUUGUUUUCUGAUGGCUAACUGACAUCUCAGGUUUCUCCAUCGCCAUGUGUAAACUCCCACACUGUCUGGCCAUCUGUAGUGGACGGACUUCCAAGACUGCUGCAAUGAUAAGUAGAGUCCCUGCAACAUUUGUUUAUUUACCAGGAUGAUUUGCUGACAGCAGGCACGGGGCACGCAGGUUGAUAAGCAGGGGAGAGAGACAGAAAAGUGGAAACAAGAGAGGAGAGGGGGAGACAGAGAGUAAGCUAGCUAAACCAUGUUUUUAUGGAGGAUAAUUUUCCUCCCCAGAAGGCAGUGAUUGGCAUUAAUUACCUAACAGGUGCUAACAGCAAUGAAUCUCAUAAUUAACCGGUUUGAAGCAGUUCAUUUGGGGAGGUAUGAGUAUGAGGCAAGUGCGUGCAUGAAAAUGUGUGUAAGCAUGUGUUUAGUGUGUGUGCAAGCAUGCAAAGAGGGAGAUAAAAGUAAAACACUGAAUAAAAGCAUCAUUCCUUCAUUUGUGUUUUACUUGUAUCCUUUUGUACCAGAUACAGAUUUCCUCACAGAGUUCAUUUAUCGCCACAAUACACCACCAUUUGGUCUCUAUCUCACAGCUUAGAGACAGUUUUCAGCUGUUGGUGCUGGUACUGUGUUCUUUGCUUAAUGUGUGUGAAAUCAAGUUUGACCAGUGAAAAUAGUUUGGUAUUAAAUAUGAUUGAGAGGCUGACAACACGGGACUUAAACUGAUAAAACAUGAUACAAUUACUCCUUUUCGAAUAUGUUGUAUGUUCCUUUUUUCCCCUUAUUAUUACCAUUCUGUAUUUUUUCUCUUAAUUUUGUCUUUUCGACAUAUUUGAAAUGAAUAAACUUCAUUCAUUCAUUCAUUCAUAUUAUGAUACAAUUUGAUAAAACAAACUAUAAUAUGAUAUAUGCUUAGAUACAAUAUCAUAUGAUGUGAUACAAUACUAUACAAUUUGGUUUAUUAGAAUAUAAUGCGAUACAAUGGGAUAUUAUAUAACACGAAACAAUAACAUACAAUACUCUUAUGGUGGAAUAAGAUAUGAUAAAAUACGAUACAGUGUGAUACAAUAUACUAUAUGAUGCAGUGUAAUAUGAUAUGACACAGCAUGAAAAAAUAAUAUGCAAUACUGUGUAUUACAUAAAAUUGCUUGAGGGGAAUGAUCAAAAUGGAAACAAAGAAACAAACAACAGGAAAUGACAUGAUAUAAAAAAUUUAGUAUAAUAGUACAAAUUGCAUUCGUAUAAAUUAAAAUGCAAUACACAAACGAAUGAAAUUAUUUGCUUUAUGAUACAUAACAACAGAAAAAAGACUAAUAUGAUUUGAUGAGAUAAGAAGCAAUGAAAUAUGCAACAGGAUAUGAAACAGAAUAAUACAAAACCAUACCACUUGAUACAAUAUGAUAUGAUGCAAUAUGAUACAAUUCAAUACAAUACACAGUUUGAUACAAUUUGAUUCAAAACAGUGCAACAUUAUAUGAUAUUAUAUGUGAGGAGAGGAUAUAAUUGAGUUCAUUAUGUCCCAGCUGGGAAAAUUCUCUUAGAUUCCUUCCAUAAGCACCACGGUGAAGGGGUCCAUUCGAAGUUUGAUUGUUUGAGAUCAACAAUAAUCAGAUAUUCCUCUCUGUGUGGGUUUUCUUCAGUGGGUUUUAGUGGGUAUUACCCUAACAUGUCAACAUCAACGUUCUGUUUCUAAAUAAUUGCAGAGGCCUGUGCUUAAACAUGCAUGUGUAGCGCUUAUGCUGCAUAACACGAGGAUGUAGUCUCAGAGACAUCCUAAGUGAGAAAACAGCCACUGUUGCCACUUUCUUUAGCUGGUCUUCACUCAGUAAUGCUGGAGAAAUGUUGGACAUCUACACACAUGUGGUCUUGCAACAUAUUUGUCAGACAGUAAAUCUGUGUCAAGGCAGAAUGUUCGAACAGCUCCCUGUAGUUGAGAAUAAUUCCCUCGGUGUGUUCCCCCUAUGGGCGGAUUGGAUUCAGGGGGCUGCUGGCAGUGAGACUAUGCCCAGCAGGGGUAUGGCAUUGGGUUAGGGGUCAUCCAUAUGGGGAUUUCCUUAUGACCCACUUCUUAGCCCCAUGCUGACGCACAGAAGCCAUGUCUCGUCUGCCUGCCUGCCUGCUUGCCUGCCUCCUCGCUCAGCCUCAUUCGUCAAGCAGAAGGAGGUGUCUUUGUCUGCUCGCACUGGUUCCCUCACACUCCCUGUUGCCAAGACACGGAGCUGUGCAGAAGAGCCGACAGAUACAGUUGCAUUCUGCAGAACCAAUGCUUUGCAAGAACUCUCACAUGAAUGCUAUCACAGUUGGUCUUGCUUGUGGAUUUGAGCAUGAAACAAAAGCACAUGGAACAAAAGCGUUCACACAUAUAGCAGCUCUGAGCUGCUCCGACGGUCAAUCUGUGCAAACAUCCAUGUGGGAGCGCGUGCAUGCGUUCAUUAGAGCAAAACGAAUCUGCAACAGCAUGUGUACUCGUACGGUACACCUACUCUUAUGCAUCAAUAUUUGCUGCCAUUUCUGUUGUUCUUAAGCCAAUUCUAUCAGCCAGAUUCGUGUCUCUCUCAUCGAGGCACGACGACACACUGGCACAUUCUCUCGCUCAAAACACAAUGACACACUCACACACCGUACACUUACACCCUGCCUGUGCUUGUGUUCUUGUGCUUACAAAUGAAGCAAGGCAGCCGGUCCUUCUUCACUAACCUACUUUUUCUCCCCUCUCUCCUCUUUCCACUUGCAUCCCUAACUCUCAGAGGGAGUGUGGAUGUCUUGCUCAAUAUCAAUAACAUGCUGUUUUUAGUUUAUAUCCGGCUAAGAAUAGCAUGUCACUAAAACAUCUUUGUGGUUGGAUAGACAUCCCUCAAUGUAGUGAGUGUAAGAUCAGCCAGAGGCUAAUCAAUAUCCUUUUGUGUGGCAAUCCCUUAUACGUUACUGGAGGAACCCCUUUCCCCCUAAAAUUCGUAAUCUUCGUGGCUGUGAGGAAAGAAAGGUAUCGGAUUCUCCUGUGAAUAUGUCUUUGACAGCGCGAUGGGACUCUUUCAGCUGUAUCUAAACUAGAAAGACAAGGAGAUAAAUACUCAGGAUGCUUUUGACAACAGAUGGAUUGAAGGAGCGGGAGAUUUGAAGAGAGGAGAGUGCGCAGGGAGAAGGAGAAGUGAGAUAAACAGGUACACAAAUAAACAGGCACACGGAUAAGAGUGUGUUGCUUACCAUGUGCUGAUAUCAAGACGGGCAUAUGGCAGCGAUAUUGAGGCGGAGACGGAGGGAGUGGAGCUCACUCUCAAUCUGGCCCCAUCUCCCUCUUAGUAAACCCUUCAGUAAAGCACCUAAUCACAUCUAACUGAAAGAAGUUAUACUUUCACAGCCCAGUCAGGAGCAUACACUUGGAUUUUUUUAGUACAAAGCAAAGAGAAGCAGACAGAUACUCAUGGGAGGACUGGGAAAAGGCUCCUUACUCUGCUCUAAGUGAGCAGGCUGGAUAAAAAAUCAGCGUUUGUUCGUAAAAGGAGGAGAGGAGGCAGAUUAUUCUCUUCACAGAUGGAGCAAUGUGUAGGGCACAAGGCUAUUGUUCUGCAUCACUUUGACUCACUUUAUCAAUGGAGUAUUGUUCUUGUUGCUUUUUGAAAGGAGAGAUAAACAAAAGUGAAAUGGAUCACAGUAAGAACAUUAUUGAGGAAACUUCUAAAUGUCAAGAAAUUAUGAGUCUGCAAGCAAAACAAAUUACGUCGGUAGAUGAUGAUAAAGCAUCGCGUUAUCAAGCUGCCGUGCUUCGAGCCUUUUUGGGAAAGCGUGUAACAAGAGGGUUAUUUGUACUGCGGCUCUCGAGACAUGCACCUAGAAGCUGUUUCUUUGUUCCUCUAACAAAGAAAGCCUCGUAAUUGCAGUCUGGGAUUGAUUAGAUUGUUCUGAUGCCAUGUGAAGUGCAUGCAGUUGAAGCCUCCACAUUAAACUCCCUGAAUUCAGCAGUUAUUGUCAUGCAUCUCUCAUCCUGCCACUGCUGGCUAGCUUGUGGACUGGCUGGCUGGUUGCUCGGGAAUGAGCGAAGGGAAAUCUGCCCGUUGCCCUGUCUCAUUCGAAGGCCAAGAAAAGCCCCUCACAGCUGUGCUCCGACACUUAAACCUGCCAGGGAUUCAGCCCAAGGGCCAGGUGCAGCAGACUAAAGCUUUUAAACAUAAAGCCUCUCUUUAGCUGAGCCAGAGGAGCAGGCUGGGGGUGAAAGGCUGCAAGGGGAAUACUUUCUGAGGUAACACCUCAUUAAACACUAUCAGCUAUGAGAAUCCCACCUUCAGCAUGUGUGCUUUGUUAUAAUACAAGCUGCUGGAUUAAGAUGAAACUAAUACAGGAGUUCAAGCGUAAUUAAAAUUCUGGUAUACAAAAGUCAGCCUGUCCAUAGCUGGUGUAUCAAAGUUUAUUUAGACAUUUUAAUUAGAUUUCAAUGUGUACAUCUGUCCUUCACUGUGCUGAACUGGAGCACUUUCUUAUAGUAGUGCCUUGGCUUUACAUGUAAGAAGUACUUUUUGAACUUUUUAAACUUCUGCACCAUUUUCACUGGUUUUCUUUAUGUCUUCACUCACUACAAAAUGUUUUUUUUACAUUUUUUAAAGUUGUUUAAGAACUGAUAAGGGAGAAUUGAUAAGUGGCAAACUGCAAUCGCAAGAAAACCAGGACAGAUUCUGUCCCGAAGUUGCAAAUCUUGAAGGUUUUCCCAGUCUGCAGUGGUCAGUGCCUACAAAAAACUGUCAAAGGAAAACCCAGAUGGUCUGGCUUGUGUUGUCUCAUCAAAAAGAAGAUCUCCUAGAGCUUAAAUCACGGAAACCAUUUAAUGCUGGUUCUGAUAGAAGGUGUCAGAGCACACAGCAUUUCAGUUCGAUGUGUAUGGGGCUGUGUAGCUGCAGACUGGUGCUGCUUCAAUUUGCUAAACAAUUCAAUAUUGUCACCCUUGCUAUUUGGCACCACAACUACGAGUUAAAGUAUUUGUUUAUUUUUAUUAUUUCAGGUUUUAUUGUGUCUGAACUCUAAGUGCUGCCUCUAGCCAUGGCUAUUGCUCUGGUCUGUGGCUACUGCCUAACUACAAUAGUUUUUUACUAUGUAAAUGUUGACUAGUGUGAAUGAACGAUAGCAUUGCAUAUCAUGGCAUGGAUUGGAAGUAUUUUGAUACUAGGGUUUAACUGUUUGACCAGUGCACUGCGAAACCAAUACAGUCACGUGGAUGCUGACCUCUCAGAGAGACUACAGGCUGGUAAGUACAAGCUCUGCCAGUAUUAGCCUCUCUUGGCAAACCACUUUCACAUAAUUAACCCGCAGCCUCCAUGAUCUCCCGCUCAGCUGUGUUAAUAAGUUGUUCUAAAAUCUGUUUUCUGGCUUUUCUCCCACCUUUAGUCUAGUUGGUUAAUUAAAAUCUAAAUUUCAGGUCAAAGGGCAUCAGCGGCCUAACAUCACUUCAGUCAGGACCACUUGUGUUGAGUGAAUUACGUAAUGCAUUCAUUAGUUAUAUUGGGCAGUAUGGCUCCCUUUUGAGGGCUCCCUGCCCUUCCAGGUGCUUAUGAGGAAUGCCAAAGCUUGCAGCUGAGAGAGCACCUCCUCUCUGUGUCAUGUGCAUGCAUGAAAAGCCAAGGCAGGGGGAGCAACAAACAGAGGAGCUGGGUGGAGGUGGGUUGCAGAGUGCUUGUUGAGUUAGCAGCAAGAGAAGGCAAGCGGAGCAGUUUUAAUAGAGCGCCCUUUCUGACAUUUGCAAAUUGGAUGUGAGGAAGGUUAUCAGCUAAACUAUCAACUGCUAUGGGCUGGCAUUAGGAUCAGCUUGAUGUACUGUGGGCUGCGCUCAACCUUCGCAUUGCCUGAACUACCCCAGUACUAAAUUAUAAGUAGCUCUUGCUGUUCUCACCUGUGCCAAGGUUUUAAACAAGCUCAGUCAAUGUCAAAUGGUACCAGAGAUUUCUAUCAGAGUGAUUUGUUACUGGGAACAGAGAGGCACAGGAAGUACACAUUCACAGCAUAAAUAAAAAUAAAAAUACUUGUACCCACUUGACAAGUCUGAUUUGGUACAUAUGUACAUACACAACAAUGAAUAUCAAUGCUGCACACCAAGGUAGCACAGCAGAGUGCAAUCAGCAAAACAGAAAUACAAAUGCUUUAAAAACAGCAAGAACCCUCGACAUGAAAGCCAGGGACAAAUUGGCCCAGAGGAAGAGAAACAAACAGGUUAAAGACUGAGGGAAGUGAGGCUAUUCAGAAGAAGGUGACACCAAUUAGGGUGGGGCAGAAAAUCAAUCAGACGGGAAACACAAAAAGAGAGGAGAGGCAGGUACACUAAAUGAAGAAAAAGCUGAAUGACCACGGAAAAAUAGCUUAAAAACAUAAUUGGGCAUAUACCCAUUAUCAAAACAAUACAGUGAAGUGGAGUCAGUGUGUUAAAAGUGUCACUGAAGUCGUGCUAAUGGAUCUGCGAGCGUGUGCUUUUCUUUGAGCUACAUGCUAAAACACUGGCGUUCAGUUAGUGUUUUGUCUGUCUCAUUGACUGUAGAAAAAAACAGACAAGAUGUCAGCUCCCUUAAAGUGAAACCAACAGAUUAACAUGCUCCUCUGCUGACUGGCACUGGCACACUUUCCAUAAUCACAAGAGGCUCUCAGGCUGUGGUCUGUGCUUACCUGAGGAAUCUUUGCUGUUUUAUCAAAGUUAAAUGUGUGUUUUAGGUCAAAAAAGUGGGGAGCAUCAUCAGGAGAUGUCUUCCCCAUCUUUUUAUCAGCUAUCUCAAGAGUUGUAGAGACAUUUCACUGUAAAUUACCGUUAUGUUAAUUAAAUUGAGGAAAUCAUGGCUGCCUUGUGAACUCCAUUCUGCACAGGAGAGGGAGCAUCCAGCUUGUUAGUGCACAGUUCAAAGUCAGCAUCCAUGAUGGCAUACAGGGAUGCACUAAUCUAUACAGUCUACACAACUGGGAAGGCAUAAUUAAUGUUGAACAGAGUAGAUAGAUGGAUUUUGGAGUAACAUAUACCACCAUCAGAUGGUUUCUUUUGCGGGGAAGACUUUAUAUAUCUUAGUUAGACAAUGCCAGACCACUUUCUAGAAGAGUCCUAAAGCUGAACUGGCCUGUCUGCAGUCCUUACUUGUUACCUUUUAGAAACAUUUGGCUUGUCAUGAAAUAAUAAAAAAACAACCAAGCUUAUGUUGAGUAGCUGAAAUCCACUGGAAUCCACUAUGACUGACCUUACGCAGCAUAGAGUCUACUGAAAGUUUUAAGAAAGAUCUUAAAAUCUAUCUUUUUAGACAGGCUUUUAACUGAUGUUGACGUUGCUGUGAAGUACUUGUAUCUGUGCCAUUAAAUGUAUUGCGUUUGUCUGUAUCCUAUUGUAUUUUAUCCUCAUUGUAAAGCACUUUGUGAUUUUAUCUAUGAAAAGUGCUAUAAAAAUAAAAUUUACUUACUUACUUACUCACUCACUCUAUUAGGCAAAAAUGGGACAUUUCAUUAAAAAAAAAAAACCUCCAGAAACUGUCAACUUAGUUCCCAAACAUUUACAAAGUGUUGUUUAAGAUGAAGUGAUGCAAUGUAGGGCUACCACAUCCAUGUCUUUGCUUUUUCAAGAUGCUGACAUUAGAUUUCAUAUGAUCUUAUGUUUUUCAUGAAUUAAGAAAGAUGUCAGUUUUUCUUGACACAUCUUUGCUCUGUUUUUGCAGACACUGAUUUCCAACAUGAAAUUAAGUUUGAACAUUUUACACAACAUGUCAUCGUUUUGGAAAUUAGGGUUAUAAUUUGCCUAGCCAACCGUUCAUUAAUCAUAAAAUCUGAAUAUUUUUUCCUCUAAGUACCCUUACCUGUCAGGCGCUUCAAAGCAAUCAUUGGAAAGCAAUGUCCUUCCUGCCUCUCAGUGGUGAUAUCUGGGUCGGAGCUGCUGACAUGUUGUCAGAGGUGUCAGCCCCCCAUGGAGACACACAUCAUUAUCAUCACCAUCUCCCACUGCUUUCCUCCCUUUCUGUCUGUCUGGCUUUGUCUCUUGCUGCAUGUUGCCCUCAGUUGAUGGAGUGGCAGUCCCACUGCUGACUCAUAACGGUGGAUGAGAGAUUGAAAGGGGACAGUUUAGCCCAGUAAGUCGGGGUUGCGCUGCAUGGGCAGUGUCCAAUCAGGAAGCUCAAGAGCACAGCAGUGAAACACUUAAAAUAAGAAAAAAAAGGUUAAAACAUGAUUUUUGGAGAUUUUCCUUCUUUUCUGCCAAAAAAAUAAAAUAAAAGCAAUCAGACCAUGACCCAAAAAUAGGACAUAUUUCUGUGAGCGUGAGACAGAGGAUCAUUGAGAGAGACAAUGGGCCCAGAUUUGAUUGUAGUUGCUCUGUGUUCUUGAGUGGUGCUCCAUCAUCAUGAUGAAUAGAGGAUCCUCUUUGUCAAUCAUGUGCUUAAGUGGAACAGGUAUUUGUUUCUCUGUUUGCGCUUCCUGCCUCUCUCUCCUCCCUCUUUCUCGCUCUGUGACUGAUGAGGCCUGUCAAAGGAGGGAACACCCAGUCUGUAGCCACCGGAGACGACUGCCCAAGGCUCUUAUGGGAUAGAAGAAAUCUGAUAUUUUGAAAUGCCAAGGAAGUAAAUUUUCUUGAGAUCCUUCAGGGUUUGGCGUCUGCAGAGAAAUGGGCUCAAUCGCUUACUUUGUCUGAAAAAAGGAACGUCUUAUCUACAACAAUUCAGAUAAGGAUCGCAUUUACAUGUAUUCCAGCUUAAUGCACACGGAGUAACUUUUUCAGAGAAGACCUUUGCACUGAUCUCGAUCGCUGCUAUCAUGCUUAUCAUUAAAACUCACAUCGCUGUUGUACUGACAGAGCAGGCCAAGGCCAAUGCUUUCCCAUGCAUACUCAAUGUUGACUUGUUAUUAGAAAACAUUCAGCAGCUGUCUCCUCCCAACAUCUUUUGCCUGUUCUGUUUUCUGAUCAGCUUUCUCCCACACAUCUGUCAGCGCUCAGCAGCACACAGGACUUACUGUUUUAGUCGUCUGAUAAACAGGUCUCAGUAUCCCGAGGUGUUAUUUUGCAUUUUGUUUGCCCAAACAGCCUGAGUUGUUGUGCAGUGCAGAUGCCACAAGGUAUGAUUCCUUCUCUGUUUGAUUGCGGGUGUGAAGUCAGUUGUAAUAACACUUUGUAAUGUGUAAUGUUACAAAAGGCAGUCCCCAUCUGCUACAGUUUUGGAGUUGGAUACAGAUUAAUAUUGAAGACAACUGUCCUACUAUGUGCGAGAGGCAGUUGGAAGGGAAAUAAUGGAAAUUUGUGUGACUGAAAUGUCUAAUGGGACUGUGAUGUUCAUUACCAGGACUGCUUUGACAUUUUCUCCCAGUUUACUUUGGAAACACAAUUCACCAGCUCUGAUCUUUUUCAAGUUUUAACAUCUAUCAGGUCUUUAUUGAUAUCAAAGAGAUGUCUCACUAUUGAUUCAGUCACCACUAUUAACAAUGUCCUGGGAGACUCCAGGCCAUGCUUUGUCUGGUGACAAGACAACGCAAGAGGGAGAUAGAUGUUGAAUCCUGCUUCAAGCGCCCCGCUGUGAAUAGAAGACAAAAAAACCCUGGAACAAUAGAAAUCGAUAGCACUUCAAAAUGAGGAAGGUAUGACGGAAGGCUCUAAUCAUGAAAAGGUGCAAAAGUCAUUGUGCUUUCAAAGACUCAGGGAGGAACAAUUAAAGGCAGAUAAGCUAUUCUCUCUGCUAUCAUUCCCAGCCGCCAUUUUCCCAGACAGACUUUUCAAUAAUACGGUUUCACUGCACUGCACUCCUAUCAGUUCAGUGGUCACCCCUCAUGAGAAUAGCUCCAAGAGAAGUGAUCACUUUUGAAGUAGGGUUGGCUGCACAAAUUUCUCUGUAUCUCAUGAGCAUUUCACUAAUAUUCUGAGCUCUCCCUUGCUUACUAUCUCUUGCUGAAUGGAAGCACUGUGAUACGCUAAUGAGCGUCGGCAAAGCUGAGCAGCAUAUGGUGAUGAUAAAGAGAUGAACAGUGUUUAUAAAACAAGGCCAUAUACUGUACAGCAUAAAGCUGAGGAUCUGACACAUUGCUUUAGAGCAGACAGGAAUGGGAAGCCACACUGCAGCCUUAGGGCAAAGCUACAUGAGAUAUAUUAUUCAGAGCCAAGCACGCCCAAGUCCUUAAGGCGAUGUUUCAGGGCAAAUAAUGAAUGUUGGAGCCAGCAACAUGCCUUUAAUACAGCCAGGUCCUUUAAUCAUACUGCACAUGCUGCUUCACCCCCCAAGUGUUUAUGCAAGUUUUCAUCAUGUGGCCAUGAAAUACUGACUUAAGAGCCAAGUCCUGCAACCCAAACCCUUAAACCUUUUCCUUUUUUUUCUUGCACACUCCCAUAGCUGUCAGAGAAAAUAGAGGUCACCUCCAUUAUGUUGAAAAUAUGUUCAGAGUAGGCCUUUCUCUAAACUCUAAAGCUAAACAUUUCAAGCAUUAAAUAUUCACUUCAAGCCUAAAGCUUAAAGAAAGGAAGCCGAUUCAAAACCCUGCAGUUCCUUGGGCUAAAGAAGUACUGAAAACCACAUUCAUACCAAAAAAGCCAGUCUUUAGAGCAAAAAUAACACAUUUGCAGUCAGGUUUAAAAGUGUGCAAACACUAUACAGGUAAUUAAGUUUUUUACAACUCAUUAGCAUGGCUGACUCGACUGAUUGGUGUGUAAAUUGUAGCUGUUAGCAUGAACGCUACCUCAACUCCACCUCUUUGCUUUUAAACUCAGUUUUAGAGCCAACAGCUGGCAUCAUUGAGGCUAUGUCCAUGUUUUACACCGUCUUCAACCGAUACAAGUGGUUAUCCUGACUUUAGGCUGACUGGUUAACAUCUUCCAAUGGGUGUGGAGAACUGCUGUGCCUAGCUUGGGAACUUGAAGGGAGCGCUUGGUUCACUGUAAUGACCAGAACAGAGUCCUUUCACCGACUGUGAGGAGUACCCUUGUUUUAAGCUAACUUCUCAGAAAUCUAGCUAUUAAUGUAAACUAACCAUACCGAUAAAUACCACAAUAUGAGUCCUUAAUUGCUAAUUUUACUAUUUGUGUUACUUUAGGCUAACUAUUUAAACAAAUGUUCCAAUAACUUUUGAGAGCUUGCUUGUAUAUUUCUAACUUUUUCUCUAAAUCCACCAACAAAGUUAAACUCUUUGCAUCGAUAUUUUUGUGUCUUCUGGGCUAAGCGUUAAGGUUUUAAAUCCACUUUUCUUCUAGCUCCAACAAUAAUCUGCCAAAAUGUACCUGAUUUUGUCCAUAGAUCCUGGUACAAAAAGGGGCUAAUUCAGAAGGCACACCUUGCUUUCUUGGGCAGUAACUGUGCACAAAAGAACUAAAAAAACCUUGCCUGAUUACACUGGCUAUCAAGUGUGUUUGUACAGCCACAUAAAUUGUGUUAAAUCUACUGGGAGCUAACAGUUUUAUCCAACUUCAAACACUCUUCUUUUACCUUUACUCAUCUCACUUUCUAGCGGUGUUGUGGCUCAGUCUCCAAAGAUAAACCCUAGCAGGAUCUAAGUGGAGCUCCCAUUGUCCAAGAAUUUGUAAGAACUGCUGUGUCACUUUGACGAUUAGCUUUAUCAGUCCACACUGACUGUUCAAAUACUCCUUGUUUCUACUGUAGCGGGAACAAUACUGCUGUCCCAACCCAGUCCCUGUUGAUCAUAAUCAUCAAAUGAUUCAAACAUUUUGGACACAUUGGUUGAGUUUGGGGCUAACGUCACCAUUAGCUAGCAGUAAAAUAGCAUCGCACUUUAAUAGGAGCAUCCCGCAUACAUGCAGAGUAUAAAGUUUGAGAUUGUCCCAUCCUCACGUCUACAACUCCUGAUUUGUGGCAUCUCUUUAGGCAUCCUGGCAGGGUCUGUUGCCAAACUCGAGGGCACAUGGACAUCCAUGCAUGUGAACAGGCAUGUGAGUAAGUCCUUAAUGACGUCAGUGCUAGAGUCUGGUAUUCAGUGCAAGAGUCUGAGUGAAGUCACCAGUGUAGUUGGGUUUGAGUAAUACAACACUACUUUUUUAUAAAUCUGAACAUUUACUCUUAAAAGAUUUCUUCAAAACUGUCAAACUAAUAAUUGAAUUUCUUCCAUCCCUCUGUUCAGACUUCUUUGCUCUGCUUGCUGACCUGAUUCAGAUACUCUUUGUCACAGCUGGAUGUUCUCAAGUUUAAUAUUGAUUUAACAUCAUUUAACAUUUUGUGAUACUUUUUUUGAAGCACUUUUUUUUUUGUUUUGUCAAAUGAAUUGAGGUGCUCCACAAUCGUUCCACGUACUCUCCACUGUUUAAGUAGCCUCUGGGGUACAGUAGCUCUUGUUGAGGAUCAAUUUUCUAAAGCAGGCUACUUCAUGACUUUUGAAGCACCUCUAAAAGCUGCGUUCAGUUUGCCUGGCUGUCAUAGAGCUGGCCCUUUUUCAAACAGUUAGCAUUGGUGUCAAAUAGUUUCUGUCCGUGGGAUUUUUUGGACUUCAAACUCACCUCCAACUGCUGACAGCGCCAGCAGGAAGCAAGACCCAUGCAGCCUCGGACAUCUGUUCUUUCCCCACAGUUUGUCCCUCUGACUCUCCUGCAAACUUUGUUUUUUUUUUCCAUAGAUAAGGAUUCAAUUAAUUUUCUCCCUCAUGCACAGAAAUCAUGUAAGGCUGACCUGGUCACUCAGGGCCUAAAAACUUCUUCCUUACCCAAGUCGUUUCAUGAACUCCAUCACCUUACCUCCUGCCACAUAAAGUGGAUUUUACACCCAGCUCCCAGCUAAGAUUCCUGUGAGCUCAGCAGUCUCAUAGCAAAGCAUGUGGUCGCUCUGUGAUCCUCGCCGUCCGCCAUGCUGCAGCUGAGAGAUACGGGCUGAAGGGAUGAGGUCAAGAUAGACGCGCUCGCUUCUUAUGUUCUGUAAACAGACGGCAGGGCAAAUAAAUAGGAAGCUCUCCACUCCCGCCUCACACAGGCUCACACAUAACCUGCUUACCAUUUUCAGUGUGACUAAAUAUGCAUAUGCAGAGAAACAGAGAGGAGGCCACACACACUCCUACACAAACGCAAGGAUGUGUGUGCACUGUCACACAAGAAUGAAUGAUUUUUGGACGAGUCGAGAGCUUUCAGGCUACAUAAUAAAUACAGAAAGCUUCACACUCGGGCUGCCAGAGACUGAAGAUUUGCUGCUUCACUAGCUCUUCUUAGUUGAAUUAGUCACUGAGAAAGGAUGUUUUAAGUAAUGUUGUAAACACUGCACAACAUUACAGAGAAACACAAAAUGGUGAUUAUAAUGAGUCUUUGAGAUCUUGCACAAGGGAGCUGUCCUUUGGCAACACCACGAACAUUAAAGAUGACACUUAACAUAUUCAAACUAGCAAGGAGGCUAAAAACUUUUUUCAAAGGUACGGUGUACAGUGUUUGGAAACAGACUGGAAACAGAACAUUAUAUUAGUGAUAAUAGGACUGCCACAUUAUCACAUUCUCACCUCAUGAUUAUUUUCGCAACAAAGUCUUACAGUAACAACACAAUUGCAUUACUUAGGGAAAACUUAAAGAAUAUAACAAUACUUUACUAUUACUUUGUUCUUUCUAAGGUUUGUGUCACCAGCUUGUCUGGGGAAGACAAAACCUUGUGUAGCAAUUGUUUGCAGUGCUUUUAUUUUUAUUAUCUUGUAUUUAGGUCAUUUUUUCUUGUAUUUUAAAAUCAUGCUUUUAUCUUGAAAUGUGAACAUAUAUGCCAUGACUAAUAGAUUGCAAGUUGAGGGAUUAAAUCAACAAAGCUAAAGGAAAAGUUAGAAAGUAUAAAUGUUCAAUCACAUUGCACCCCCAAUGAGGCACAAGUGCUAACUACAAACAGUACAAUAAAUGGACACAGCAUAGAUGACGCCACUCAUUUCUUUGUAAAACAGAGUUUCGAAGCCUAUCGUCAGCAGUUAUUAUAGUGGUAAUGCGGACUUAAUCCUUACAUGUGUGAAGUCAAACAUGCUUGAUAGUCUCUAGUUCAGGUCAGACUGUCUACAACAGAAUACCUGCAAUAACCAGUGAGAGGAGCAGACUUGGAGGCAUCACCGACCAGAUGGUGUCUUCCUUCAGUAACAGGGCAGAGAGCAUCUUCUCAGCCAGUUUUUCACUCUCAGUCUUCUUCACUAAAAAACAGAAAACAUGCCCAGCUGAUAAUGUCAGUCAUCCUCCCUGACUGCUCCUCCCCUAAAGUCACACCAGAUCACACAAGUUGACAGUCUUAAGGAGUCGUCUGGUGUGUGUGUGUGUGUGUGUGUGUGUGUGUGUGUGUGCAUGAAGGAUUUUAAUGUCAAAAUUAGUCCAGACUGUCCUCAUGUGGGCUGUCCACAAUGGUUCAACAAUCAGUUGUAAACAAACUUGGAUCCUGCAUGUGGCCGGCCUUAGACUAAAAAUGUUCUUAAGUUUUUGAAACGAGACUCAAAUUAGGGAAUUUUGAAAUCUUUUACUCAUGUAUUAUUCUCAGAGUAAAUCUGUGACAUUCAUUAUAGGUUUUAAAUAGACUGUAUGUACUAUUGACAACUUGGUUCCGCCUUCCGCCAGUAUACGGAUUUGAAGUCAAAAAGCUCUCGGUAUUUCCGUGUUUUUUCUCCAUUUUCUGAAACCAACAUUGCGCAGUAGCGUUGCACUCACUCCACCACUUGCUCAGAGCAUUGUACGCAUUCGCUGGGGGUCGCUGUGAUGACGCUCGGCUCAAACAGUGUAUCCCCUGGGUGAGCUACGCAAUCUUCGUAUGCCCAUAGGCUGUAUCAAGUGUCAAUCAUAGAAAACAUGAACCCCCUAAUAACUUUUAAAAACAGAGCUGCACAGAAAAAAGAGGACUUGAGCACAAACCAGUCUUACGGUAACUACAUGUCAACAUUGCAACCAGGGGGGAAAAGUUUGUCCACAACUCUAUAGGGAUUGCUGGAGGAGGUGGGAUUUAUGACCAUUUAUGGCCCUUACUGCAGCCUGUCACCAGAGGGUGCUGUUCUCGUGGUUGCUUCACCCAGUGAGGAGGCAGAUGGCAUCCAUUCUAUAUACAGUCUAUGUUUUUUUACUCUAUAAAGAACCUGAAAUAAGUUUCACAAACAAAGCUGUCUUACAUUUCUUUAUCUUAACAGACCAUAAAAAACAUCAGCAUAACCCUGCUCUCCAAACAUCCUCAGACUUCCCUGUAACUUAUACACAAGAGACUCACUUUAUUCACUACAGACUUGACUCCAUCAAACACGUUUCCUUCAAGGCCACCUCCGUCAGAAAGGAAAGCUCACUUGUCACACUUCAAAUGAGUUUAACAGACGCCAUGACAACAAAGGGUCGCUCGUGGGUGGAGGUUUUGGCUGUUGUUUUUUUCUGCACUGAAUCUACAAAGGUAAAGUUGGUCAAACGAGACUCUUAAGGUUGACUGUAAGAUAGUAGCUCUACUUUAUUCAAUAAAAGUUGUCUGCUAGCAGUCUCAGGAUGCCUUACGUCUACCAACCCUCUUGAGCUAAUACCACAAAGAUGUUUGCUGUCACUCCCAAUUUCACAAGACAACAUAGCAGCAGCUUUGGACAACUGCACACAUCUCAUCUUUCAGGUUCAGCCUCUAUUUACACAGGUUUUCAUUGUCGGCGCAGACUUUUAUGUCAACAUCUAUUCAGAGUUAAAAUGCUCUCCUCAGUAAUACCCAAAGAUGACUCAUAAAAUUGCCUUUUUACCAAACUGGAGCAACUCUUUCAAUAAAACAUGCGUGCUUUUUUGACAAUGCCUAACAAAGCUGUUAGGAUGUGACCUAGAACAAGCUCAGAGGAGUGAAAGCAGACACGUGAAGAAUAAGUAGAGGGAGAUGAACAGACAGACCGACGGAGCAGCAGGCAGCAUAACAUAGGUUGCAUAACAAUGACUUUUUCAGUACAGUACAGCCGGCCUGCCUGUUGAUAUGUGGGCGUGGGUGACUGCGGGACAAUGCGAACUCGCCGUGUGCUGCAGAGCAAAUACUACACAAGAGAGUACUGUUGCCAUGACAAGAGAGGAGAGUAAAAGACAGGGAUGGAGAGGGGUUGAGUAAUGACAGAGGGAUGGUUUCGCAGAAAAAAGAGGGUUUAUGCAUUUGCAGAGUGACGAGAAAAAAGGGAAUAAAAGAUGAUUCAGCUGCUACAAUUUCUACGCCAAAUCAAACAAACGGUGAAAUCACACUGUAAAGCCAGUGGCGAUGGAGUCAAGCCAAGCAUGAGAAAGAAGCACUCCUACAUGCAUGUGCACGAGCUCCUUCCUGAAGCUUUUUUCUUCAUUUUUUUUUUUUGACUGUAGAGCACAUAUCUAGGAGCACAGUUGAUGUCUACCUUAUUCCAGCAGCCUCAUUCCUGUCUGGGACACAAGAAGAGCAUAGAUACCGUUUUGCCCUGGGAGGAUUGCCUCUCGGCUCUGUGCAAGGAUGUCUGGCUUCCCACCAGGGAGACUGCACGGCUUUGAAAUUGCUCUGUGUUUUGGUGCUGUACCACUCUGCCUCUCCAGUGUUAUGUGGUGCACAUUCAUGCUGAGCAUUGCUGACUGUGGUGUCUGUUACCUGGGGGCCAUAAGCUCAUCGGCCAUGUGCUGUCUCAUCUAUGCAGUCACACUUACUGUAAUCCCGCGCCUCUGCUCUGCGGGGUUAUUUAAAAAUCCAUUUCUGUUAUGUUAGAAAUGAAAUUCAGACACUGGUGUAAAUGCUCUAGCAUGUUGCUGUAACUAGCGGUUCAAUCAAUUGUUUGUUGUAUGAAGUUAAAGGUGCUUGUUUGUUUACUCAGUCUGACAUUUUUUUAUCAACAAAUCUACAAAUUACAGUCACCCAGCAUGAAUUUUCCUAUCAUCAUAACCAGAAACAACGGUUCAUUUGAGUCCACAAGCUGUGGGUACAGACAUUGAUAGACUGUAAGCCCUGGUUCAAAAUAAGGAUUGCAUGGCUUUUGUUCCCUCUUAACCUAUGCAAAUGAGGACAAAAGGAUGUCUUAUUCUCUAAGCACAUGCAAAAGGUUAAAUGGAUUUCAAACUGCCCUGCAAAGCAGACAGCAUCUUUGUGCUUUUGCAUGUAUAUAAAUGAGCAAUUAUGUAUUCCUGAUUCUGAAGUCUGGCUUUGUCUUAGUCUGAUCAAGCAUUGUUUGUGGAGGGUUAUACAGAGGGGCACUGGGACCAAUCACAGCCGAUCAACAACUCUUGACUGGUCAUUUAUUUUUGGCGUGUCAGUCAUUUUGUUUGGUGGACCGCACACUCCUGCACAGUGAAAGCAACUCCAGGGCUUUUUUUUUCUCCUGAAUGUGCCAGUGCAAAGUGGUUGACAGUUUCUGAAAGCACCAUGGCAACACACAGUGUGAUGUAGACAGCAGAUAUAGUAUGUGCACAUUGAUAUACACCGCAGCCACACUGCUAUGAUCACUUGUGCAAUGCAAUCCAGUAAAACAGCUGUGCCAUAAAUUCUACUUUUUUGUAUUUUCCACUUGCUAACGUCAAAAAGCUAUUAUUUGUAAUUGGCAUUUAUGAUGAAAGUCCUUUUCUCUGACUUUGACCUCUGUAAAUGACAGCUCUCAAAGGAAACUGUCUUCUUGACUGUCAAAGCUCCAUCCUCACCUCUAGCAUGAUUCAUGAACUAAGGUCAUGCACCAGAAACAAUUCACUCAUACAGUGUGAGGUCACUAUCCACCCCAACAUUUAUGAAAUCCUACAGUGCAUACCCGACCUAACUCACUAAUACUGGCACUGACAGCAAUACACAAAUAGAGAGAGACAUCUGUUGAUAUAUCAUUCACCAAUAUUUCUAGAUAUGUAGGGCUAUGAAGUUGUCCAAACAUUUCACUGUACGCUUUAUUUGAUGAUGUGAUUCCUGUUAUUCCAUAUAACAUCUCUGGUGUUUCAACGUUUAUUUCUAUCUAUAAAACCAACAUAAGCAGCCCCGCCCUCUGUAAAUUUCAUCCUGAUCAGUUUCAGGGAGAAUGAAACAUUGAUUGAUAAUGUUCACAUGUACUGUGGGUUGUUAUGCUCUAAGUGACAGUGCAGGAGGUUUUUACCGUCUUACUAGACGAGCUACUCUCACUAGAUGACUUUAUUUGACUGAUAAAAUCUAUAUGACUUCUGUUUUGAUUGUCUGUGUAAUACAUUAAAAAGACAUGCCCCCUCCCCAUUCUGCUCCUAAGUUGCUGUAUAUGUGGACAGACAAGGAUGAGAGAAAAACUCACCACAAGGUGGAGAUGCUGACAGCUUAAGGCUCAUUUAAGCUCAAAGUUACAUACCGAUCCGGAUACGGACGGAGCUCUCUGGCCAUGAUUCAAACUCUUGUCGUCCAUAUUUCUGCACAUAUCCUUGAAGUUUACAGAUAUGGGCCAGACGGAGCAGUACCACUGGAAACCAUGGGGGCAGUGUUGCUGCUUUCACUACCCGAUAUGCAUCUCUAGAGAGAAACGAAGAUGACAAUGGCGGCGCUUUUGAGGUUCAUCGUUGAGUUCUCUCAUUGGCAUUACUGGAGAAAAGAAUUCUCCUCCGACUGCGAGGCAUUUAGUGGCCUGACCGAUCAUCGCCUCCUCAAACGCUGCCUCUGUUUCUGUCUCCUAUACAAAAUAUACAUUAUCAGUCGUUCGUCCACAGUUGCUAUGCUUCUUUUUGUUUGUUACUGGUGGAUGUAAUGGUUAACAUCCAUGCCAACGUAAAGGACGCAUGGAAGUAUGUGGCCAGUGACGAAACCAUUAUUUGAAACGGACUCGUACAUUUUCACACGUAUGGGGAUCACAAACGAGCCUUAACCCCCUAAGUCAGAGCCAAAACAAGUGCAAACUUCACAGAGCUGCAAAACUUUCUGGUAAUGUCAUGAAGCAUCAUGUUAAUGCUUUAGGCUGUAAAUUUCAAAUAAACUUCUAUUCAGUAUAUUCUUACAAACUGUUACAGUUUUGAAUUGUUCUUACGAGAAAAAAAAGGGAAACAGGAAAUCAUAAAUCAUUCAUAUUGGGUAGCAGGAAACAUGUACAGCCAGACGUCAAUCUUUUUAAGCUCAUGGAGGUCUCCAGGAAAUCAUAAAAACUGACCUUUAAAAAUCCUCAAGCUGUUGUUCAGCUGGCUCUAAGAUGGAAAAUGCUGUGCCCUACAGCAAAGAUUCAAUCUGAGAAGUUCCUGUUUGUGUUUUAAAAUACAAAACUUUUCUUGUAUGAAAGUGUUUGGCAUGAUUUCUCAAAACCUCAAUUAAAAAUGACCCCGCUGUAAUAAGCACUUUAUUUUAACUUUAUAUGCCAGCACUUCUAAAUUAGAACUUUUGCAUGGUGGUAAUUGUCAAAAUAUACCAUCUGUGUUUGGAAUAUUGUUGGAGGAGUUUCAUGCUUUUAGCCAUCUUUUCUACCAUAGUCUUUAACAAAAGAGGACUUCAGUAAUGCAGCUGUUGCCAACAUCUUUUUGUUUGCUUUUUUUAACCAGAAGUGAUUGAAAAUUGGGGCAAUUUACUUAGAGAUGAAACCAGAUAUUUGCAAUGUACCUCAUAAAAAAGCAGCUCUGUUUCUCUUUUUGUAGCUGAUUUCUUUAAUGCAAAGAGUUUAUGAGCUAAAGUGGCUCAACAUGACCGCUACAAGUUCCAUUAUCUGUUGAGACGGCGAUCCAGCUGAGCUUAAAUGUAUUUGUAAAAGGAUCAUUUUCAUGUCAUCUCUAGAAAUAUGAGCCAUCUAGGCUGAGCAUGGUGGUAAAAUGUGUGCCAGCGUCCCAGACUUAAUAUUAAUAAGCCUCCGAAAAUAAACUGGUGGGUGCAUAAUCCUUCCUCAACCUUUUAUAUCACCCAUGAAAGGCAGACAGCUGUUGUUUCAAUGCAGAACAUAGCUAUACAUGCUAAACAACUGUGUGAGCAAAAGAGGAUGUGAUAGCCCAUCUGGUAUGGCUUCUAUAUUCAACAGUGACCCUUGCAUAAAUGAAUGGUAAUAGACGGAGGGUAUGACCGCAGGGUUAUGGGUAGUUUGUAGAAGAAAACCCUACAGCUAGAUCAUGACUGGAAUUACAGUAGAUAAUAAUUAAAGCAGAAAACAUCGAAGGUGGCAACAAGAUACAAGGACAGCAGUUCAUCCUGGAUCAUCCAGGUGCUUUUUCCAACGUGAAUGCCUGGUUUACCACCUGUUCUUGUGAGCUGUCUACUAGGGCUGGGUGGUAUGGCCUCAAAUCAAUAUCACGAUAUGUUGAGCAGUUCACCUCAAUAAUGAUAAAUGGACGAUAACUACUCCACAAGCUGCCCACCCCCUCCCACAUUAACUUCAUCUACUCCAGCUGCUACAACUUUUGAACCGUCCUCCAUCUCCUCACCUGUCUUUCCCUCUUUGUUACGGACUGGAUGGAGUGGAGUCACGUCUCUGACAUAGGACAGCAUCUUAAAGGGACAUGAGACCAUAGCCUAUCUACACACAUCCAAAACCAACUUUCAUUUAUUCAAUAUUUUGACACUGAAUAUACCAAUAUGGGCAAAAUGACGUUGGUUAUUGUCGUAAAUUUCGGUAUCAGUACAUUUUUGGUUUAUCGCCCAGCCCUACUGUCUACUCUAAAACAGAAGAAGCCACAAUGCUUUUUUUUUUACCGCAUUACCUGCCAUCUUUAUUGUUAAAGUUGAUGAUAUAAAUCCUGAAAAUAAAUCUGUACAAUAAAGCAGGUUUGUCUUUGUUACUGUGCGUUUUCUGCCUAGUGCCACAUAUGCCUCACAGGAGAUGAGUGACUAGUCCUGCAUUUGUUAUAGCUUCCCUGCUGUUGGAUUUGGAGUUCAGAUACAGGAGUGCACAGCCCCUGCAUGAGCGCUUUUGAGACCCAAGAGGCCAAUGCUUUACAAGUUUGACUCCAUGUCCCAGUGUUGGAGCGCACAUGGAAGACCUUGAGAAUCAGAAGACUGUAUCACAGACUGCAGGGGGGAAAAAAACAGUGAAUUCAUUAAUUAAACUGCUGUUUCUAAGAACCCUGUCAUCCAUGGCUGGUCUUUUAUUCUGAAUUCAGUGAGAUUGCAUAAAGAAUUCCAAAGACCUUUUGAAUUUUUCAUUUGAAAAGCCUUUACGGAAAUUAAAGAUCAAAUGAAGGAAUUUGCUGUCAAGGAUUUUCUCCCUCUUGGUAUUAACAUAAAACACAUCCAGCAUGAACUGCAGAGUAUGGGAUCAGAUCUAUCUCUUUAUGUUCUAUACCAUUUAGGAAGACACGCCUCUGUUUUAGAGCUGUCUUUCAGUUUUUUAGAUGAAUGUUUUGUCUUAAAAUUUCAUACACACAAUACUGUUUAUACAAUGGGUUCUCAGAUAGAUUGGAUAUAUUGAUUUUGUUGACCUUGUAACCUUUCACCCAAUGCAUAACCUGCCAAAUUGCUUAUGCAUCUUACCAACAGACACUCUUCAGUUCCCCUCUUUCUUGUUUAUGCAAAACUUUACAGUCUGGAGCUCCCAUGGGGAUAUUUUGACUGCCAAAUAUAUAUUAAAUUCUGGUUUUUGAUCUGUUUCUAUGUGCCACUUUUGUAGCUGAAGCUUUGUAAGGACGCAGUUUGGUUUGUCAGUCUGAUUCUCGACUACGUUUACUAGAUUUCCCGUGAUUUCCCUUUAUCUUGUGCUUUCUUGUUUUCGUUUAUUCAUGUACCAGUACCAGAAAUUACAUUAGCGUAUCCUGGAGAUGUUUAAAAGGCAAGUGUCGGUCUGAGAGAGUUAGUGUUUCAGCUCUGUAAGACACGGUAACCACAGCAGAAGACUUCCUCUUUCAUCAUCCUGACGGGAAUCCUGUGGCAGCUGUCAGUCAUGCUGGUGAAUGGGUUCACAGUGUGAGGAUGUCAGGAGGGGGGCUCUGUUUGUUUUCACUCGCUGUGUGUGAUCUUUUCCAUUAAUAAGAGAAAGCACAGAUGAGAGGUUUUAACAAAUAUUAAUCCUGGAGCAAAAACAUGUGGGUUAUAUCACAGCAGGAUGGAGGGAGCAGAAUGCAGGGAUUUAUUUUGUUGUCCCUCUUGAUUGCAUAAGACGACUUGAGCAAUUACAUGUGUUUUGGCUCAAAUUCCUAUCAUCCUGUCACUUGUCAAGUGAGUGUGUGAGAGGAGUCAGCACUCUACGAACCUGAAAUAAUUAUGGCACUGUGUAAGCAAACAGGAGUGGAGGAGCAGAGAUUGUUUUUUUCAAUCUGAAAUGGAGGUGUAUUAGAGUAAACAGAGGACAAGACUGUGGCACAGAGUGAAUCAGAAGGAGUAAACAGCAGUCGAUCUCGGACUGUAUACCUGAGCAAAGACCGCCUGACAACCAGUGAAUGUCUCAUAAACUGGAUUGCAAAAAUUUAGUGUUAUAAUCUUAAAAACUGCACAAAAUGUUCCCCUCAAAAAUAGCUUCAGAGUCCGAUAAAUCUACCUGCACACCUAUUGUAAGUCCCAACCUUCGCUGCAUGGCUGGUACUUCUUGUAUGAAUCACUGUUCUUAAAGCCUCCAUGAGGUGCUUUUGAAUUUGGUCCUUUCAAACUUGGUGUGCUUUCUUAGAGGAUGACGCAAAUCCAACACAUUUUAACAGGUGCUGGUUCGGCAGGGGGGAUAGAGGGCAAAAUCUGGACAGGCUUGCUCCUGGUCCUGAAAUAAAUCUAUGCAUCAGUACUGGCACUGCAUUUCUUUAAUCCAUCAGAGAGCUGCAGCAUUUCCAGUGUGGCGGUCACCACUGAACCUCGCUUUAGGAGCAGAUUGGUAAUAUCACUGACAUGCAUCAAUAGCUGCCAGUAAUAUGCCAAUAAUAUCGGAAGAUUCUGAUCCAAUUUGGCUCAAUCACAAAGAAAUUCUAUUCCGAUAGAGAGGGGUGGUUUAUGCUGAUCGUUAUUCCAAAUUGUGUCCAUGUAAACACUUUGUUCGAUCAUGACUCUCUAACCUGACUCGUUCUUCAGGAGGUUUCAUUAUAAACACAUCCGCAGGUGCUGUGUCUGCUCCUAUGGUAACAUAACAAAGCGUACAAACAGCGUAAUGAUGUCACAUCUGCAAACAUACUGCAACCUUUGACAGAACAGUAAAAUAAGUAAUUAAGGGCGCCAUCUAGUGACAACAUUUCACAGGGGAAAAACACCUGAAUUGGAUCGAGUGAGCCACUACUGCGUUUGUUGGUUUGUUGACAGCACAGGCAUCGAUACAACUCUUCUUCUGUGGUUGUUUUAGCAAAAUCAAACAACUGCGCGUGUCCAAAUGCUUCUAAACUGAAUAAAGCUUGGUGCAUGUAUACGCACAUGAUCAGAUUAUUUGAAUUUGCACCCAUACCCAUUGGAUCAAUAACAUUUAUGUAAUAAAUAAUAUCCAUGUAAACGUGGCUACUGUUUACAUAGUCUGUGGAUUUUAGUACUCUGUGCAAAUUCUGCAAAGCUUUACAAGGCCUCUGCUGAACUUUUGACCUCUGCUUCUCAGUCAAGCAAAAAGCAGAGUAAACUGUCCUACAGAUACAAUCGGAUAUUUGUAUAGGACAAAAUUUGAUCAGCCUGAACAGCUAGUAAAUCUGGGAGAGCAGACAUGGGUCUAAUUAUGUUUUGUGUAGUUCCACCGAUCAGAUUUUACUGAGAGCUGAAAAUGUAACUCAAAAUGUCAUUACUUUCACAGGACAAUGCGAGGUUGCCUCCUCUGGUUUAGCGUUGUUUUCAAUUUUGUGAAUCCAUAACUGAUCACACAUUCACACCCCUGCAACCUAUUUCAUGGCAGAGCACCUGAAAUGAAGGCUGUACACCUGUGCUUUGAUAGGAUAUUGAAUCCUAUAAUUGUGCUACACAACCAGACAGAAUCCAUUAUGAAAUGAGAAAAUUGGUGACCUUGUGUCGGCCAUUUUGGUCCGGCGGUGGUCUGGCUUUUAUUGCCGCUGGAGUGAAUUUUGUUUUCCCAGAAAUUCUAUUAAACGUAUGAGAGAAAAUAGCCUCAGUCCUAUCUGGACAGACCUUUCUUAGACACUCCUUAAGUUUGCUGAAUUCAUUUAGCCUUAAAUGAACCAGUCCUUCACAUGCACUUAUGUGUCUUUUCUUCAAGCACCAUGGGACAUUUCCCCACAUUGGGGAGUCUCUCAUUCUUUCCUCUUCACGGCUUCACGCUGUUUCUCACUCUGAUGUUCUUUUUAAUUGUCUCCACUCUCCUUACCUUGUCAGUCAGUGUGUGUCCAUCUGUGUGUCCUUGUGUCUGUAUGUGCUUGGUUUGAGCCAGUGCCGGAGCUCAGUGAUUAAUUAGAAACAACACAACUUGCUUUUCUUUGACAGUCAGACCCGGCAGGUUUAAGGCCUCUGAGCACACCUCCUGGCUCAACAAUGCCUCGGCGAGCUGAAACAGGGUGAAAACGGUGGGGGAAAUCAAUAUUGUCAGGUGGUGACCACACAAUUUCCCCUUUCUGUUUGCUGUGGAGCAACAAAGAGCUCUGUGCAUGGGUACCAAGCGGGCCAAAGCAGAAUAGAGGGGAGAAGGAGUUUGAGAUUUUCUUUGUUUACUGUCCACAGCCUUUUCUUGUGUUUUCUUACUUAAUAUCUUUUUUUUUCUCACCUUCUUAAUUCCCUAGCUUUCCUCACUCCCCUCCCUUUAUGUACUAAGCACUCUUUUUGCCUCUUGCUCUGUGCUUCAUAAUGUUUUUAAAUGAUCAAGUUGCAGUUUUGGGAUUUAAACGGAAUGUUUUCACUUACAAUGAUACCUUCACUUUCAGUAACAGGAAUUAUCUGUAAGUCUCAGUGCAGCGAGAAAACAACGAGAAAAUCCUCCAAAUUCCCACAUUCAUUUUAAUAUUCGGCUAUGCUUGAGAGUCACACUGCCACACACACUUCUUUAUGCUGCUCUUUAACAACUCUGCCAAGUUUUUGCCCAUCAUAACCACAUGUGCAGCGUUUUCCAGAGAUGCAGUUAGGGAAGCUGAUCGUUCACAAAUCAAUUAUGGCCAUGCGGCACAUGGCUGCUUUUAAAAGCACAUAGCACUGAUUGCUUGCUUAUCAUAAUCAGAACAGAAAGUACUGGGUUUCCUGUAAAUCAUAAGCACACUGGUGAUUAAGAGGUGAUGCAAUUUACAGCCAGUAAUUUCAAGCUGUAUGUGCAAUGAUUUUAAAUGGAGGCUCCUAUAUUCAAUGCACACUUUUUCAAUUUUACAACCAGAAUGCUGCUCUUGAUGUAAUCCACCUGUUACUUUAAGCAGCAUACACAGAUGGUAAAUAAUUAUUCCUAUUAAAUCAGGGAAAAUUAAUAAACCUACAAAUAAUAAUAAAACAACCAUGCAGCUGAGUCAAGAAUGUUCAAAUGUAGCUAGAAUACUUUUUGAAAAAGCAACAUUUUAAAUGGAAAAAUUGACACACAUUUCAAAGGAGACCUAAUGUACAACUCAUUUCAACCUCUACGUCAAUGCAUGAUUUACAGCUCAGAAAAAAAAAAAAGGAUUUAUCUUCUGUGAAACGCCUCUGUCUAACAGAGGUUCUGGCUGCUUUUCCCAAAAUAUAAAGUUGGACACGACUUGUGGGUGUUACUUUUUAAAGAGUCACAAAACAAUCCACUUGCUCCCCAUUCUGGCUAUGGCAAGCAGAAACAAUAGUGGCUAAUGUCCAAAAAACAUGAAAACUUCUGUUUUCUGAUCCUGUUAUCUUUACGGUGAAAAAGCUCUUUUAACUUUCAUUGAUGACCAAAAGAAUACUUUCAAUCAAUGUCUGAGAUUUGGGUGUCCCAAUACGAUAUUGAUGUCAGAUAUCAGUCCGAUAUCAGCAAAAAAAACGAAUAUCGGAUUAUAUCAGCCUGCAUCUAAAAUCUGUGAUAUCAGCACUCUGAAUUGCAAAGCAGAGGAAAACACACAGCAGACUUCCCAGCAUCCGGUUGGUUUUGUUCUCGUGCAAUAAGCUUAUUGCUCAAAGGGUCAAAUUAACUUCGCACUUAAAAUCCUCAUGUCAAGGUCUAAACAUUAUCCUUCUCCAUUAUCAUCAUGAAUCACAUUAUAUGUAACAUUUAAUUUCCGUUUUCACAUUAAAGACGUGAUAUUAACCCUCUUAAUACAGCAGCACCUGGACAUGGUCUUCUGUCUUGUUGGCAUUUUGAUAGACUUCUCUCAUUAUAAAGUCAUUUUUACACCCCAUUCAGUAUUAAAACUCAAAUGCUAAAGCUUUGAGCUGUCAGUUUUGGCACAAUAUCUCUAAAAAAGAGGAACAACACUCCUUUCUGUUGCAGUUUUACCUCAAUAUGCAGAUAGCUGCCAUCAAAUAUACAUAAAAGAUGUCAGCUUAGUAUACUAGGAUGUUUAUUCAGGCUGAACAUUUAAGCUCCUGUGACAUAAAUGAACUGGCAUGCGUGAUAAUAGACCACAGAUGCGGCUUAUCAGAGUCCAUAUAGACUCUGGAUUCUGUCCAAAUGUGUAUUUGCUGUACAACAUACAAAUGGCUGCAGCUGUGGAUUGAUGGCAGGAGUCCAUCAGCUGAUGGUCUGACAUGAAUGGAUGUAAAUGUGUCCAGAGAAGAAUUGUGUAGCGUGGAUAACAUUUCAAGCAGCCAAAGUAGAUGCAGUUUAAAAGACGCAGGUGUUUCGUGAGUGCCCUGUCAAGAUGCCCAAGGUGCUUCUGAGACCUCAUUGUAACCCUGUCCUGUCAUGUGUCUUUGCCCACAGAGGGGGGUCAGAUCAACAACAAUGUGGCAGCGGGUUCAAACAUGGGCCAGCAGCACCCGUACCCUGCCCUCAGCCAGCUGGCUCAUGUCUACGAACAGCAGCAACAACAGCAGCAACAGCAGCAGCCAAACAAGGAAAUCAACAAGUACGCCUCCCUGAAGGCCGUGGGUGAGUGUCUGUCAUCUUCUCUUGUUAUCUUCACAUAUUUAAAUUUUAAGACAUAGAGGAGCAGGGGGAAGUCUUUAAGAUGAGAGGAGUGCUUUAUCUUAUGCUAUUUGUUCUGAAAAAUGGUUGUUGAUUUUAAGUGUCGACUUUGACUGCGUUUGGACAGGAUGCAUCAUCAAUCUCAGGGGUUUCCUUUUUUCUUGUUAGCGGAGUCACCGUCUUUGGCAUCUAGAGCUGGCAGGGUAUUUUGAGGGAAGAAAAACCUGGGCUUGAUUUUUAUUUUUCAUUUUACUGAACAUUUUGUGAUCCAAACACAAAGGGCAGCUUUGAUUUAAGGUCUCCAGUAGCGAUGUGAUUUUACUACAGCAGUCCUGCAGGCAGAUCUGACAGGUGUUAUUGAACGCCGGACGCGCUGUGAAACGGGAACAGCCUGCUUACCGAGCUGUUUGACAGCUUAAUGCAUGCCACCAAAUUCAAUGAGCUCUGUUGCCAGGACGGCUGAUUUGAAUGUGCCUCACUGUGCCUGUAACUUAUUGGCAGUAGCAUUACUAUUUCAUAACCUGAAUUCAUUUCAUAUUGACUUGUGAAUUUUUCAGUAUGUGUCUGUCAGCAUUUCCUCCUCUGGCUUGAUUGUGAAUUCAUCCCACUCAGGCCUGGAACUAUCUAGAGACUGACCGGUGUGAGAUCUCUGGGACUGGUUCUUAAACUGAUUUUAUAAUAUGUUAUUGCAAAUUCCCAGUGCAAACAAUAGAAAUGUCAUAAGCAAAAAGGGCAACAAAAAAAUAAAACAAACUCCAUGGUAAGACAAGACAGAAAAACAAAAAUAACCAACAAGCAAACUUACAGAAAUGAACCAAGGGGCUCAAUAAUUUUAUCUCUUUAACUUAAGGCUCCUGUAAGGAAUUGUUGACUGGUUAUGAAACAGAGUGAAAUGAACAGUUACGCCUCUUUAUGACCUCCAAAAGCAAACAAGACUUUCAUUCACUUCCAGAAAAAUCCCUUCGGUCCGGAUUACUUAAAUACCUGACUAGUGAUUUAAAUGGCCGACUAAUUAAUAAACAGGUAAAAUCCCCAUCAUACAGCUGUUUAAUUCUUUUAGAUAUGGUUUGUGUUGAAUUUGGCACCACAUGUUGACAAAGUGAUACCUCUUAUUGUCUCAUACAUGCUGGCAACUAACCAGCAUGUAUGAGCAUUAAAAAUACUCCACUGAACUUUUCAGACUUGUUGCUGGUGGUGUUGUUUGCUUUUGAAGGCUGUACAGUGUGUUUGUCAACCACUUAAAAACUCUAUACACUCCUUUUAAGGACCUUAAAAGAAGAUGAUACCCAAAGUCACGAUUAAAGGCAUUAAAAAAUGAGAAUGUGCUGCACUUAAAUAUAAAGAAAGUUCCUGCUCUCUUACAACAUCCCUGAUUCAACACAAGCACCUAGGGCUGGGGGAUAUACCGAAAAUUACAGAUACCAAAAUUUACAACAAUAACCGAUGUCAUUUUGCCCAUAUCAGUAUAUUCAGUUUCAAAAAAUAAUAAAUAAAUAAAAAGUUAGUUUUGGAUGUGUGUAGGUAGGCUAUGGUCUCAUGUCCCGUUAAGAUGCUGUCCUACGUCAGAGAAGUGACUCCACACCAUCCAGUCUGUAACAAAGAGGGAAAGACAGGUGAGGAGAUGGAGGACAGUUCAAAAGUUGUGGUUGCAGGAGUGGCGGCUGAAGUAGACAAAGUUAAUGUUGGAGGGGAUAAGCAGCUUUUGGAGUAGUUAUUGUCCAUUUAUCACUAUUGAGGUGAACUGCUCAAUAUAUCGUGAUAUUAAUUUGGGGCCAUAUCGCCCAGCCCUACAAGCACCGCUCUUGACAUAACAGAGAUUUUUGACACCAAUGAUGCUGUGGUUGCUACUUUAAAGGUGUUCAGAUUCAUUCAAACAACACUGAUAAGACAAGAGAAAAUAUGUCACUGACUUGACAAUGAAACACAUUAUAACUCAGGCAUUAUUAUUGGAAUAAGUCCUUUAAAAUGACAGCAGAGAAAUCUAAUGCCGCCUCUGUAAGGAAAAUGUCUGUUUCUGCGUUCCUGGCCUGAAAAUGUUGAAUAUUUUAUUCAGCAACAUAAAUGUAAGUCUGACCAUUCUCUGUGUUGUAAAUGUGAUCUGUAUUUCCUCCACUACACUGCAUGUAGCUGACUCUGACUCAUCCCAAAACCAUGUUACAGUAAUAAAUGAUCAGGACUGUUUAUGCUGUGCACCGCUUUGCGCUGGAAGCCAGGAGAUGUGGUAUAAUUAUUGUAACAGUUAAUUUAACUGCCAGCAGCAUGGAAAACAAAGAAACAGAUGAAUAAUAAGCAAUAAUCGGUCACGUCAUCUUAGAUAUUAAAGAAAAGCCAGCUCAUGAGAGCAUCAAUGAAAACAGUGAUUAACACUGUCAUCAUGAGCAUGUUACGCUAACAUCUGCAUUGUUUAGUGUAUUUUUAUAAUUCCUUGACGGCUCAGUGUGAGAUACUGUUCAGAUCAGGUGAUAUUUUCAGCACAGCAACAACUGUGAGUGCAGAAAAUAGCUCAGUUAUCUCAAAUGUCAACAGCAGACAUCUCUUGACAGUCUCUGGGGUCUAAGAACGAAGGGACUUUUUUGUCGACUCACCACAUCAGGCCAAUAUUCAACAAAGAGAGAAAGAAUCUAUCAUUUCUUUCUCUGACAGUUCAUUUCAGCUGUUUCUGUUUCUCAACUGUCUGACGUUAGACUGCAGCUUUCCUUUCACCUCGCCACAUAUUUAACGAACAGAUGGAUGCAACAGGCUCUGAAGACUGAGGAUGGCAUUUUGGGAAAUGUAGUUAAUGUCUAAAUGAAGGGGGCACAGAGAGGAGGAGGUACAAAGUGGCUAUUGGGGUUUUAGGAAUAGUGUUUAAAGAUGCACAUUUACUAUUAAGCACUGCUUGGUGUUGCAUUCACGUUUUUUAAAAAUCACAUCGAAGCGAUUUUAAGUUUUCUUAAAUCUUCAAAGUUUUGUGACUCAUGUGUUUUCUCUACUAGUGAUGGGAAUUACAGCUCUUUUUAGUGAGCCAGAUCAUUCGGCUCAGCUCAACAAGAAGAGCUGGCUCUUUCGGCUUCAAAACGGCUCUUCAUUUUACCACUUAUACAUUUUCAAAUUCAGCCAAAUUCAGCAUUGUUUGGCCUAUGAUAUGUAUGUUUAUGUACACAUACACCUUAAAUAAUUCAAUACACCCUUUGUACUGAAGUAUUCAUAGGUAAAAAUUACAUCUCUAAUAUCAGUAAACUGCUGUAGCCAAUUGUUUUAUUGCAUUUACAGACCCUUGUAACACCCACUGACUUACUUGUAGAACCACUCUGCUACACAAAGCAGAUAGAAAUCCCAUCAUUCUGCCAUGUAGUUUUUGUUCCACGGUCUGUUGGGGGUAAAAAAAAGAGAAAAAAGAGAAAAAAUAUAAAAUGGAUUCACAUCGUUUAUGUUAAAGGAGUCGGCUCUUUGAACUGGGUUCGUUCGCGACUGACAUAUCACUAUUCUCCACCAAUACUGACUCUAUUACCUGGUAAGAAAAGUAACUGUUUAUAUAAACUACCUUUCCUUGUUUAAAAAACAGAAUCUAUGAAUAAUAUGAAUAUAAAUGCAGAUAUCUUGUUUUCAUAUAUAAAGUGUUUACUGAACACUUCAUUGCCAGUGUGUUCCGGAGGCUUCAAAUUUCUACAUCACACUUUUGUAAACUUCACAUUAUAUAUUUUGAACGUCACCCUAGCAAGUGAUCUUAAACUCAGAUUUUCAGUGAGCGUAGACGGCCUUUUUAUCUCCUGCGGUCAGGCGUGUUGAGGAACACAUAGAUGUAAAUUAAAUUACAAAUGCCAGCAGUUGUUAGAGUAAUUUUAUCUAAGUGGGACAUAGAAAGUGUUACUGAACUGAGAGCACAAUGCAGGAAGUACACACUACAGUUAUUUUUGCAAAGAAGCCAAGCAUUUAGAAGCAUUUGAGAUCGCUUGAUAAUUGGUUUUGACAGAUGAGGGGAAAGCAUUUUAUGAACACUUCAUACCCCAUCGCCCCGAAUCUAUUGUUAGAAAUCUGCUCUACGAAAAAGAAAACUCUUAAAUAAAUACUCAAACAGAGAGCUUUGGGUGUUACAUGACCUGCAGCUAUUACUGCACUGUCAUUAAUUUCUUUGACAUGCUCUUUAACAUGCUCUACUGACAUUUUCCAGGAAAUUUCAAGAGCUCUGCCCCCUAAAUUUUCCAAAGAUGCUUGUUCACAGACAAACACUCAUAGUGUGAAAUCCUCCCUGUUUUGGAGAGGAACGGUGGGUGGGAGAUGAGUAUGGAGAGGGAGAAAAUGAUAUAAACGCCCCAGUGCAGUGUUUACAACAUGAUAGUAGACAAACCGAGAGAGUCAGAUGUUUUGUUGUUGUUUUGUUUGUUUUGAGCAUAUCAACUCUGAUAUCAAGUCUUGGGGGUCUUAUAAAAUACUGUUAACUUUGAAUGAAAUUAAUAGUGCACAAAUAUUAUUAGACUGUCUAAUAAACUCUUUUUAAAGCUUUAAAUUAGCAGCUUAGAUAUAUUAAACAACAUAAAGAAGUAUCCAGGUGGUUAUUUUCUUGUGCCCAUUUUCAUAUGUGCAAAUACAUCCUACGUUUGGCUGCAUUUUACUGAAUCUUUGGACAGAGGUGGAGCUAAAUGCAAUUUAUUUUAGAGCAUAAUUUAUUGGAAGGUGGGGAUUGCAACCUUCAUGGCCAAGCACAUCAGCAUUAUGCAUCAAACCAAACAGAAUAAGGAACCUUUCACUGCAGCUUGAAACAACUCCAUCAAUCCCAGCUGCUGCAAGGCUGCCAUCCUCCUUACCCUGAGCAGCUGAGUGAGCACAGCCAGACUUUAGAGCAAUUCAGCAAACUUACCCAGGUGACAUAUGAUUGCAUUAUGAGGUUUUGAAGGAGGGAUUUGUAAAAAGAAGAUUAGUCUAAAGUAAUAUGACAAGUUUGUAUACCAAAUCCAGAAAAAAAAGUUUGGGGGAAAAAUGUGUAUAAUACAACUAUUUGAAUUUGAUGUGCUUUAGAGGCUUAAAAAAACAAGUAAAACUCAACUUCUGAGAAAAUUAAACUCGUGGACAUGACUAAUCACAAUAAGAACUGACUAUAAUGACAGAAAGUGUGUUUGAGUAAAAUGUAUGUGUUGUGUAUUUUACUUUUUUAGUUUGACCCAUGUUCCAUCUGUUUCUGUGGAAGCAGGCGUUUACUGAACCCAGUCACUGGGGGUAGCUCCGAGGCUGUAGUAAUACACUUUCUGUUAUCUACAGGACUGCAUAGAUGCUGCUAUGUGUUUCAAGUGUUGGUUUGGUGAGUCAGUUUUGCACAUACUCAAACAUAAAUGAGGUAGAGGCAGUAUGAACAUGAACAGAACAGAUAGUGUCAAUGUCAGAGUAGUCAAUGUCAACGACAGCAGCAGGGUCAACAACGGCUGAAAGUUCAAAUAAGCUGAUAGUUCAGAGUUAUCUACAUUUAUCUGCUGUGUCAUAGCCACUAAAAGCAUGCCUGCCAACAUAGCUGAUGAGAGAGAGUUCAGUUUGAAACCCUCCGCAGAACAGUAUGGACACAAGAUUCGAACUGAUGCACAAGGAAAAUGAUGGAAAUACUGAGAGAGGGUGGUGCCAACGCUGUGCUCUGUCAGCUGAGAUGUAGACUAAAUAUAAAAUUAACCUUCAUGACCACUGACAUUUUUCUUGCUCACAUCCCACAAACCUUAUAUGUCCUAAACUCUCUGGUGCGCCCUCUAGAGCCAUCCUAGUGAGACCUGUAGUGUAUGGUCAAGUGUAUUUUCACUUCUCCUUGUGAUGCAAUCGCUCCCAGAGACAUCGAGGAUGCAAGGCUACAAAAAAACUAUCAUCAGAAAGGAGGGGAAACUAUUGUCCAAAUGCAGAGAGAUCCGGCAGUCGCCUCCACAGACUACAUGUUCUCUGUAAUUGUAAUUCUAAGGCUGUAAUAAGUCUCUGCAGGUUGAUUUUUUAUAAUGCACUGACUUGUUAUAAAAUCCGUGGAUGCCUGGAGGGAAUCAAAUCAAUCUACAAAGCUGUGGUUGGCUUGGGAAAAAUAGUCAGAAGCUCUGUAAAGUGUACACUUUUUCAAGUUAAUGGAAUAAAAUGUGCAAAACUACCAGUGUAAUUUUGUUACAGUGAGGUAUAUUUGUGCAUUUUGGAGUCAGAGAAUCUCUCCUUGCGAAGCCUGAAUUGGGUCCAGGCAGUGAAGUAGAAAUAACUCUGAAACCUUUCAGUGCAGGUUGAGUCCACCUCGUCCUCCCUGCUUUUCUAUAUCUGAAAUGGCUCUCAUAUUCGCUUAACCACUUCUCCCAGACCAUUUUCCUUCCCUCUGUUUGCUCCUUUAACCUUUAAUGUCUGAGCUCAUUUUUCUCCCCCUGAUUUGUCCCUACCUCCAUCACUUCCUCUCACCUUUUCCUCCUCCUUCGUUUCCCAUCUCCCUCUCCCCUCUUUCAUAUCAACUCCUUUUAUCAUCCGCCUUCUGCCCUCUCCUCUGCAUUUCCCCUCACCUUUUCUCUUUCACUUCCUUUGUCUACCCUCUCCCACUCACACCAUCUCCUUCCUCCCACCCUUCAAUCCAUCAGGCUGCAUAUCGCUCCUUAAAGAAUCAUUGCACUGCUAAUCUCCAUCCUCCCUUAUGGUGGCUCAUAUCUGAUUCCAUUUCUGUAAUUGAAAGCAGCCCCCACUCAAUCCUCCACCCUUGGGCUCACACUUGACUGACAGAUUUCUAUUCCACAAGUGGUAUUCAGAGGAGCUCCUAUGAAAUGAUUGGAAAGCUGUCAGAGAUACUGUAUAUGCAGCACAGCAAACCCAGGGUAUGUGCAUGCAUCUCUGAGAAAGAUGAUAGAAAUGUAACACACACACACAUGCACACACAACCUGUGAUCAAGUGUGUGAAGUAAGAGCUGAUGAAGGGCGGAAUGACAGAAAACAAAUCCAAAAUGUCACAGGUAGCUCUCUUUGAAAUCCCCUCUCUGUGAGCCCUGCUAAUCUAGAGCUACAUAAAUGGACUUUUUCUUGUUUUCUUUCUUCUGUCUGGGCUCCCACUGCCUGUUUUUGACCCCCUGAGAAAUACAACCUGGGCUCAGAUCAACACCACCUCAACUGCCUUACCCUCCUUUUCUUUAAUUGCUUCUGCCACUUUCCCAAUGGUCCAGCGUUAGGCUGAUAAGCCACACUUCUGCCAAUCAAUAGCCAUCUCCUCUGCCCCCCUGUGCAUCUAUAUAAGGUUACUUUAUCGAACUCUGCAGCCAAGACAAAAAAAGAGACCAACUAAGAAAAGUCCCUGGUUGCAGACCUGUGGCUGAGCUGAGAGGACAAAGUCUCCUCCAUGCACUAAUGACCAAUUAUGGACCAAGUCAAAAGAACAAAUCCUUUUUUUUUAAUCAAGCUUGUUAGGUUGGCUAGUUAGCAGCAUUGAGUAAGAGUUAGAGUUAAGGGUUGAGUCCUCAGUGUUUGAGUCCAAGUCAAGUCUGAAAAAGACUGCCCAUUACUUGUGACCAAGUCAGGUCAUUAUUGCAUGUAUCCAUGUCCAAGUCAAGUCCUCAUUAUAGUAACUAUGGACAGGAUGGCUCUUACACUGCAAACUGCUGACACUAAACCUGGACUGACUGAACUGGAACUAACUGUCUAAAUCUAGACUGACUGUAUGACCCUGAGCAGAUUGCAUGAUCGCAGACUAAGGGUAUGAACUUGGACUGAUUGGAUCAACUUAGAAUGACUGCCUGAACCUGGACUGACUGUAUGAACCUGGACCAUAGACUGUAUGUACUAUGGACAACUUGGUUCCGCCUGUAUACGGAUUUGAGGCCAAAUUUCCGGGAUUUUUCUUCAUUUCCUGAAACCAGCACUGCGCAGUAGCAUUGUGCACAUUCGGCAGGAGAGUCGCUGUGAUGACGCUCGGCUCAAACAGCAUAUCCCCCGGGUGAGCUACGCAAUCCCUGAACGCCAAUAGGCUGUAUCAAGUGUCAAUCAAAGAAAACAUGAACCCCCCAAUAACUUUCAAAAAUGGAGCUUCACAGAAAAAAUAGGACUUGAGCACAAACCAGUCUUAAUGUAACUACAUGUCAACAUCACAAGCAGGGGGGAGAAAAAUGUAUGUUCUGUGUAAUAAAUUUCUAAAGUUUGUCCACAGCUCCUUAAGCUUUGCUGGCAGAGGUGGGAUUUAUGACCUUUACUGCAGCCCGUCAACAGAGGGUGCUAUUCUCGGAGUGGCUUCACCCAGUGAGGAGGGAGACACUGUCCAUUCUAUAUACAGAUCUAUGACCUGGACUUAAUUCAUGAACCUGGACUGCAUGUAUCUACUUUGACAGACUGUAUGAACCUGAACAGAUUGUAUGAUCUAAGACUGAGGGUAUGAACCUGGACUGACUGUGUGAAUAUGGACCCACACCAGUUGCAUGGCACAUAUUUACUCUCACCCGUGUUUGCCAAAUAUUCCCUGUUGCCUUUCUCUCAUCAGCUCGCUCUGACUUCUUGUGUAAACUUUAGAAAGGGGUUGGAAGACAUAGUCUGGGUAAAGUCAGAGUGAAAAUAACUACUUUUGUAAAGACUUUUGUGCAAAAAUAAAUACAUUUACUACUACUCUGCAAAGUGUAAACCCAUAUUACCAAGAAACUACUUCACUUAACCUCUGCCAUUAAAGCUUGCAUGCUCCACACUUAAGUUUAUUACCCUGUUUUAUAUUCAGAACUCAAACCAAGUUCAGCAAAAGAUUGUCAUCAUUAUGAAGUUAUUAAGAAUAUAAAGUUUCUUGGAGACAUGGAGAUUAUAUCAAUCUACUGUAUCCCUCCUCCAGCUGCACUAAUGACACACAGAUAGUUGGUCAGCGGAUGAAUACAUAUGUCAGUGCUUUUACGCUAACAUUUAAGUUAGUCCUUAAAAUUAACGGCCAAACAGAAAAGUAGACUCUGAAAACAGGGACCUUAAAAACAGAUGGGGUGCUUAAUACCUGUUUGUGUAGCUAAUGUGGCUGACAUCAUAAGACGGCACCGCAAGACAAAAUAUUGGUUAUAGACAUUUAUGACAGAGUAAGAGCUUUUCAGGUCUAGCUGCAAUUGUGGGAGAUGCAGAUGCAGAAAGGCAACUUGAGUCACUUUCCAUGUUGCCAAAAAAUCUCAAACCAAGUCUCCACUGCUGUGUAUUCAGACACUCAUUCUGCUGAUAUACUGAGCACACUUCGCACUGAGUUCACAUCGUGAUUUACCGCCUUGAAAGUGCAGAAAUUUAAUUUUGAACUGCUCAGAAAUCCAUUUGCAGCAGACGUGGACAAAAUUCAUAGAAACAUGCUGAUGGAGCUGAUAGAACUGCAGUGUAAUGGCACACUCAGGGCACAGUAUGACUCUGUGGAGCCCUCACAGUUCCCGCUACCCAUCCCUGACACGAUACUCAAACUCCGCUGAUCGAAUGCUCUACAUGUUUGGUAGCUGGCUCUACAUUCUUUGUUCCGUGAUAAAAAUGGCCACAACUACACAAAAGGAUUCGUCUCACUGAUGCACACCACAAACAUUCAUGAACUUGCAGCCAAGAAAAGAUGCCAAGGAGACAAAAAAUAAUGUAAUUAUUGAGGAAAAAGUUGUUUUCUGGUCCGUCAAAUUUGUAUUUCUGAUGAAACAUGCUCCGUUUCAGAAAAUUCAAAAAUUCAAUCGACAAAUUUUGGCCACCUCUGUGACUGAGCUUGACACCUCUGAUCUUGAGGAUGCUGUUUGUGACGGGAUGGCAACAUAUUCACAGUGACAAUGCCUAAAUGCUAGUUUUUGUGACUUUAAUACAACAUACAGGAUUCUGAUUUCUGGCAUGACAAGCCACAUUGCAGCCACAAGCCUCAAACAUGAAAAUGAUAUAUCUCCAUACUCUGGUACUUGCUGUCUCGGGCAAUCAGGGAGGCAAAUACAGUAGCUUUACUGUGGUGGAAAGAAAGGCAUACAGUAAUGUUUUAACUUAAAAAAAUCAUCAAAUGUACCUUCUUCAGAAGUCAGAUUUUGUUUUUUCCUUUCUGAAUUUCAACCCUCUUAAGUUCUUUGAGUUUUGACAAAACUUUUUAGUUAUAUCAUUGCUAUGAACAUGUAUAAAGAAACACAAAGCAGCAGUAGUCUAUGCUAGCAUCAGCACUAAUAAAACUGUAUGCUGAUCUGAGAAAAAAGUUUACCAGAGACAACCCAAGGCUAAAGCAAUUAAUGUCAGAGUUACUGAGCUUGAUGACCUACUUUUUUCUAGGUAAGAUCAAGACUGAACCAGUUAAUGGAAUAUUUGGAGCAGUAUCAUAAGCCUUGGCUGCUUGAUUUAUGUGUCCCUACUUGCCCUGUAGACACAUUCAUAGCCUGAUUGACAAUGUCAGAGAUGUCAUUUUGACCCAAGACCACCAACGUUUGUCCAGUAUUGACAGCCAUGGGGCUAAUUGAAGACUUGACGUAAGAAAGACACUCUGACACACACAGGAAGGUCCAUGUCUCCAGUGAAAAAGAAAGAAUAGAUGAUAGGAGUGAGGAGUCAACUAAUAUUGGACUUAAAGGGCUGAUACCAUUGAGUCCUGAUAUUUGAAAUAGGCAUUUACCGUAAAAUUAGAAAUGCAGUUAGACUUAAGAGGGUUGACCUGUCAUUCUGAAGUUCUUAUCUCUUAACACGUAGACCUUUCGCAGUUUGUUCAUGUCUGAACUAGUCGUACAAGUGCUCAGAUUUCUAACUUUGGUAAAAGUGGCAGUAGGAGUUGGCGGGACAUUGGGUUAGGCAAAAUGGUGAUGCCCAGAAAGAGAGACACGCCUGCAACUAAGCAAAAUUUGAUUUAAUUGGUGACCAGUUACAGAUUAUUAGUCUCAAUAACUGGCCCUUAAUUUCAGUUUCUCACUAAAACAUCUGAAAUGAAGAAUAUCCUGAUAACAAAAGCAUAUAUUUAACUGUUCAAAGACAUGUUUUUUUCUGCUUUAAAUUCAUAGACACUUCCAUAUCUUCUGGCACAGCAGCAUAUGACUAAUAGAAAUCAACCUGACAUUUUACCCUAACAAGGUCUCAGUGUUAUUUGCACUGGGAGACUUCAGAGAAGCAAUGCUUGAUUUUAUUUCCUGAUGCAUAAUAAGUGUCGGUCUCAGUGGGACGCUGGCCUUUCUCUGGCUGAGGCAUGCCGAGCCCACACGGCGUAACAGCGGUGCUUUCCAUUUCCACUCACGUACACCGCUGGAUGUGUGCACUGUGGAGCUGACUGCCGCCGGAUUGAUUCACCUGUCACCUGAGCAAGUUUGAUCCCCAGGGGCGGUCUAGCGACGACUCAGCUGGUGAGGCGCUGCGUUCCCUUAGCACCCCCUCCUCUCUGAAAAGCCCCUCUGCAGCCCGCUCACAGGGCCGCACGCUCGUUUCUCUUCCCUGUUCAUAGAGCGAUAAACUAGAUUAAUAGUUACAGCUGCUAAGCUAACUCGCUGAGUAUGUUAACUUUAUCUUCAAGGACGUGGAGGCAACAAGAACCAAAGAGUAAUGGCAUGUCUAAAUGUGGUUUGGAUGAGGAAAAGGUCACAUUUCUCCUCAGUAAGGGAAACUGUAGCCUGGUGACAGUGACUGACAGAGGGGAGAAAUAAUGUGAGGACGUAAACCUGACUGCUGUGCUAAAGGAACACACACACACACCUGUGCAGAUAUACAGUAGAUAUUAGAAGAGUUUACACCUGCACAUGAAGCAAGGUGAGGCUCUGUUGAUUCAUUUGGACAAAAUAAAAAUAUAUUGUUUUUAAAAUGAACCCUUUCACUCAUUUUCUGGACUAUAUUUUUUAAGUCGUUUAUCAGGCAAACCAGCUUUUUUCUUAAAGUCAGAUUGCAUGCAUGUGGCUUAAGUUUAUAAGACAGUUAACCAGGUAUGACAACAAGACAGGUGAGUAUCGUUAUUUGUGCAUAUGGUUAGCAGAGGUAAGAUUUUUACUUGUGAAGAAAAGUGGAGCAUCUUGGGAAAGUUGGACAAAGAGUUCUUGUGAGUAGUACAAUAAGCCAUUCACAAGUCAUUCACAAGUCAUCUCAGUUUCCCUCAUCUUUGCAUGAAAAGUUUUCUUAAAUGAUUGACAGUAAACCAAAGCUGUGAAACAUCUAAGAAUACUCUGAGAUAUAAGGCCAUACAAGAAUUAAGUGAGGCUUUGACAGUACAGUGGCCAAAAAAGAGCAGAAAAUAAUCUGAGCAAUGGCUCAAACAAUUCCCAUUAGGAGACAGGUGCUAUUAUGCAGAAUGAUAUGAUUUCUAAAAAAACACAUGCAAAAGUCAAAAACACAGAGAUUGGUGGCGAUGUACUGCAAAUAAAAUAAAAAAAACAUGUAGCAAUAGGCUAAAGCAGCUGCAUUAACACCAAAUACACUGCUAAAAUACAAAUGAUACAAUUAAAAAAAUGCCUAAAACAGAAAGCUGCUGGAUUAAAGCAGAUACGAUACAAUACGAUUCGAUACGAUAUGAUCCAAUCCAAUACAAAUUGAUUCAAUAUGCUUUGAUUAAACUUGAUUCAAUACGAUACCAUACAAUUUUGUCCCUAUGGGGAAAUUUGUCUUGGGCUCUGUGCUGUACAUGUCAACUGCAUCAACAAUACUGCCAAUAAGUAAAAAAAAUGAAUGAAACAAUAUUAACAACAAGCAAUAAGCCCCAUGCAAACAGAGAACACAUGCCAAAGCCACAAGUGCAAACAAGCAACACAUAUUGCGCAAGAGGACAGCACUGUAAGAGAAGAUAAAACUGAAAGGAUAAACACAUUAUGAUACAAUCAGCACUAAAGCCCCAAAGCUUCAAGAAACAGUAUUUAAUAUUUAUAUCCAGAUGAGCACAAAGGAGUUUUCAAAGCAGUUCAGUUUACAUUGGGGGAUCUUUUAUCACCAGCCAGGUAGGAGCUUAUAUUCAGAGUGAAGGGUCAGACUUUAGAUCAGACUGCUCAUAUAUUGACUGCAGAGAGAGGUUUUCAGUCCUUCCAAUGACCUUUAUGGCCAGCUGGACUCAACGGAUGAGCUUAGAUUUUUCCCUGUGCAGAGAGGUUGCCAUACCAUGUCAACCUCCCACACCUGAUUAUACUCUCCAGCACAGCCUGGUAUAAUAAGUCAUGAUGACAUGUAUACUCUCAGUCUAUAUAGGAAAUACAGUCUUUGCUGUAGACUGCAGAUAAUCAAAGUGUAUGCCAAGAAACCUGUAAGAGAAAACCUGAUAAAUUCUUUCACUGUGAAUGUCUACCGUAGUGUAAUCCCCUACUUAUAGGGUUCAGCACCAACUUUUGAGUUUUCUUGGAAUCUAAGGAAUUUUUGAAUGGUCUCACACCCUUUUUGAACAUCGUGAACACCUCCCUACCACACAAAAAUAAAAUUUUGCAUGGCCUCGCAAAACUAGAAGAGGACAGGUGGAGGAGAAAUUCUGGGCCACUACAUGGAGGCGUUUGUAGAAGCCCUGACCCUCUGUGUGGUCAGUUUCAGUAGAUGGGGAUACACUGGCAUGACUAACAAAGUCAGAGAUUAUGUGUUGGUUGGACCUUUGCAGGCUGUGGGAGUAAAAAUGGAUGGGAUGCUUUCUAUCUAAACUUCUGCCUGUCCUCGUGUUUUAUGAGUCAGUUUUGAAAACAGUUUCUCUGGUUUCUCUUCCACAGCAGAAAAACAGAGCUGGGGUUUUGUUUUAACAAAUAAGAGUCUGAAAAGGGAGAACUCAUUGAGCUAUCAAAACAUUUAUUCCAAGAUUUCAGCUUUGCUCCCUAGCGGCUCUUUUGUUUCUCCUAACAUUUUCAUUAGCGCUGUUGUUUUCUCUCUUUGUCUUACACCAGCUGCCAAAUACAACGGUGAAAUCUACAAGCGUCGGCUGAUGGUGGAGCUGCCAACCAAGGGUGGGCUUCCUCUCCAGCCAAUGGGCAACUCCAGACCCAAUAUGGGCAACAUGCCAUCGAUGACCCCGCAGAUGACUACCAACCCUAUGGCUACAAACACAAUGACCUCCAACCCCAUGAACCCCACCAUCACUCAGAUGACCCCCAUGGCACCAAUGACAUCUAUGAUACCUAUGUCAUCUAUGACACAUAUGACCUCCAUGACUCCCAUGACCUCAAUGACCCCUAUGACCUCUUUGACUCCCAUGACCUCAAUGACUCCCAUGACAUCAAUGACACCCAUGAUGUCCUUGACUCCCAUGACAUCCAUGACUCCCAUGACAUCCCUAGCUCCAAUGUCCUCCAUAACCCCAAUGACCUCCUUGGGUCCACUAACUCCUGAGCCAGUAGCCACCUAUGUCACGGAGAUGCCCAGGGUUUCAACCCUAGAGAUGCCCAGGGUCUCAACUCUCCCAACAGAACGGCACUUAGCUGGUGGAGGUGGAGUAGGGGGAGGGGGACUCAAGUCCAAUGGCCAGAAACACAAAGGCAGCCAUGGCCACAUUCCCCACAGCUCCCAUAGCUCCCACAGCUCUCACACUCACAGCUCUCACACUCACAGCCACAGUAGCAAGCAGCCAGGACUCAGAGCUACCUCCCUGGCUCACAUGGCAGGGACCAUGCCAGGUGGCACAUCCCUGGGUAUCACCAGGACGGCCAAUGCCACCAUUGGCGCAAGCUCUGCUACAAUGGGCCGCCAACUGGCGUAUAGCUCCAACACGAUCGCGACCGGGCAUGGGAUGGGGCUGAAAGGUUGGGAUGGGACUGAGACAGUGGGCCGGAGGAAGACUUAUGGGCACAAGAGGCCUCAGUGCACAGUGCUGGAGCCCAACCAGCUUCACAGCACCAGAGUCCACAGCCACAGCCAACACUUCCUCCCCACACAGCCCUACUUUGUGACCAACAGCAAGACAGAGGUGACUGUGUGA